UGGUCAGGGGAAAUUUGGAGGCUCGACCGUUCUCAUCUUGGAUAUUUCAGCACAAAACUCUCUGGAUACGGGGACUGUUGCUCACUAGUCAUCCGGGCUCUGCCCCAUCAGUCGCAGGCACCCUUGUGGAUACAAGGUGCCGACCAUCAUGUCAACACAAGCACCAACGUUCACGCAGCCGCUGCAGAGCGUCGUGGCACUAGAGGGUAGUGCCGCGACGUUCGAGGCUCAAGUUAGUGGUUCUCCAGUUCCCGAAGUGAGCUGGUUCCGUGAUGGCCAGGUUCUUUCCACCGCCUCUCUGCCAGGCGUCCAGAUCUCGUUCAGCGACGGCCGCGCUGUUCUGAGUAUCCCCGCUGUGACUGCCGCACACAGCGGACGAUUCUCCGUCAGAGCUACCAAUGGCGCUGGACAAGCCACGAGCACCGCCGAGCUCCUCGUGACAGUGGAGACGGCGGCUCCCAGCUUCAUACAGAGACUUCAGAGCUCUGCGGUGACGCAGGGCAGCCAGGUGAAGCUGGACGUCAGAGUGACAGGAAUCCCCACACCUGUGGUGAAGUUCUACAGAGAAGGAGCCGAGAUCCAGAGCUCCACCGACUUCAGGAUCCUGCAAGAAGGAGACCUGUACAGUCUGCUGAUCGUCGAGGCCUUCCCAGAGGACUCUGGGACGUAUUCUGUGACAGCCAGCAACAGCAGCGGACGGGCCACGUCCACCGCCGAGCUGCUGGUUCAAGGCGAAGAAGCUGUUCCGGCAAAGAAAACCAAAACCGUGAUUUCUACCUCCCAGAUUUCACAGACCAGACAAACCCGAGUGGAAAAGAGGAUGGGGGCCAGUUUCCAGGCCACCAGCAUGAUGGGGAUGCAGGUGGAGGGCGCUGAGCUCACCCACAUGCUGGGUCACAGGACCCCACCCAGAGUCCCGCCAAAACCCUCCUCCAAGUCACCAACACACUACUCACUGGUAGCCAAGGUGACUGGAGGACGCCAUCAGUCCCCGUCACCUGUCAGACACGUGAAGGCACCCACGCCUACACACAGGUCCCCCAUCACCACACAUAAGCAAGAUGUCGGCGGGGACGUUCUCCCACCAUGGAAGACGGGAUUUGAAAGUGUUACGCACGUGGUCCAGGAGCAGCGGAUCACUGAGGUUAAACAGGUGAGGCUGGGGACUGGGUGCUCCGGCGCUUUCGUGUUUAUCCUGACACGGCCCAGUUAUGAAAGUGUCUCCCUGAUCCAGGUUUCUGCUGAGGGAGGGACAAGAGCUGGGGCGGUGGCCACGGUGGUGGCUGCCGUCGACCUCGCUCGUGUCCGAGGGCCCAUGCAUGUUGAGGGCGGUCGAGCUGAAGAACAGGAGGUGGAGGCUAUUCACAAAGUGACAGAAAUCUCCUCUCGUGUGGACACUGGUGCUACCUCAUCUCCAGUUCCACAUUUCACAGUUUCUAAAGUUUCUGUCCCAAAAACAGAGACUAGCAGUGAGGUUUCCAUCGCCGGCUCCGCUAUGGCGACUCUGCACAAAGAAUUAUCCACAUCCUAUGGCACAGCUAGAAAGAUCAUCAAGACUGUCAAGUCUCCCAGUCCGUCUCGUAGAGUGACGGAGGCCAGAGAGACGCCGGAGCCUAUCCCGCCUCCUUUCAAAGAUUCCACUGAGACGUACCGCUUUGGCGUCGAGUUACAGACUGGGGUGGUGCACUUGGGGGGCAUGGAGAGAGUAUAUGAGGAAGGGGGAGCCAAGGUGGUGAUGGCGGCAGGAGCAGAAGCUUCUGCAGGUUUCGCUGUGGUACCGCCUGGCCUGGUGUCUGGCUUGAAGAAUACAAAUGUGACUGAGGGAGAGUCGGUGACUCUGGAGUGCCAGAUCAGUGGCCACCCCUCCCCCGUCAUAAUGUGGUUCAGAGAGGACUACAAAAUCGAGAGCUCCAUUGAUUUCCAGAUCAGCUAUGAGAACGAAAUUGCCCGGCUGGUGAUUCGUGAGGCGUUCGCCGAAGACAGCGGACGCUUCACUUGCACUGCCACCAAUGAGGCGGGGACUGUCAGCACGUCCUGCUAUCUGCUCGUCCAGGUUUCUGAAGAAAUUGAAGGAAGACAGGAAAUAGUUGUCACUUCUGAAAUGGCUGGGGAGAAACUUUUGGUCCUGGAAAGUGAGAUGUUUUUUUUUUCCAGAGUUACGAUGGAAACCGUGUCCCAGGUGAGCGUAGCCGAGUCAGAUGUCGCUGCCGCCGCUCCCUUCUUCAUCAGGAAACCAACUGUACAGAAGUUGGUGGAGGGAGGAAGCGUGGUGUUUGAGUGCCAGGUUGGCGGUAGCCCCAAGCCUCACAUCAUCUGGAAGAAGAGCGGUGUACCGCUCACCACCGGAUACAGAUACAAAGUUGCCUACAAGAAGGAAACUGGAGAGUGUAAGCUGGAGAUCUCCAUGACCUUUGCUGAUGAUGCUGGAGAGUACUCCAUCUUUCUCAAGAAUCAGCUCGGAGAAGUCUCGGCCUCCGCCACCUUGCUGGAGGAAGAGGAAUACGAAGUUUACAUGAAGAAAUACGAAGAAUCUUUCAGGACUGAAGUGACAGCAGUGGUGCUGGAGCCCCACGUGGCAGAUGUUCCCCCGGUCACCGUAACAACGAUGGGGCAGAUGACCACAACCGUUAUCUCCGGACAGGAAUUUCAUCUGUCUGCCAUCGAGCUCAGAAUCAUUGAAGAGAUUGAGCUGAAAAUCAUGACGAUCACCUACAGAGAGAUUGUUACAGAGGAUGGAGAGCUGAUUGUGACGACCUCUGCAACCGAGGCGGCGCAGCCAGCCUUCGAAACCCCCGUCAAAAACUACAGAAUCAUGGAGGGCAUGGGCGUCACCUUCCACUGCAAGAUGACUGGAACGCCGCUCCCCAAGAUCGCUUGGUACAAAGAUGGCCACCGCAUCAGGGCUGGUGAUCGAUACCAGAUGGAGGUUCUUCAGGACGGACGGGCCAGCCUCCGUCUGCCUGUGGUGCUCCCAGAGGACGAAGGCGUGUACACCGCCUUUGCCACCAACAUGAAGGGAAAUGCCGUCAGCUCAGGGAAGCUCUACAUAGAGCCGUCUGGAGCCGCCCCUCAGAGAUACACACCACAGCCCGCAGUGCAGAGGAUCAGGUCCACAUCUCCUCGCUCCUUGAGCCGCUCCCCUGGCCGCUCAGCUAGCCGCUCGCCUGGACGCUCGCCGGCCCGCCGGCUUGACGAGACCGACGAAGCUCAGCUGGAAAGACUUUACAAACCCGUGUUUGUCUUGAAGCCUUCCUCUUGCAAAUGCUCUGAGGGACAAACUGCCCGAUUCGAUCUGAAGGUUGUCGGCAGACCGAUGCCCGACACUUACUGGUUCCACAAUGGACAACAAGUGGUUAGUGACUACACACACAAGAUUGUGAUUAAAGAGGAUGGUACCCAGUCCCUCAUCAUCGCCCCAGCCAUGCCGCACGAUUCUGGAGAGUGGACCGUCAUUGCUCAGAACAGAGCCGGGCGGACGUCCAUCUCCGUCACUCUUAAUGUCGAUGCUAAAGAAACCUUGGUGCGUCCUAAUUUUACCGAGAAGUUGAGAAACAUCAGUGUGAAACAGGGCACUCUGGUUGAACUGGCUGUUAAAGCCAUUGGAAACCCGCUUCCUGAUAUCGUCUGGCUGAAAAACAGUGACAUCAUCACACCACAGAAGCACCCAAACGUCAAGAUUGAAGGAACCAGAGGAGAGGCCAAAUUCCAGAUUCCCUCAGCUGCCGGCUCGGACAGCGCCUGGUACACUGCCACAGCCAUCAACAAGGCUGGCAGAGACACAACUCGCUGCAGAGUCAAUGUUGAGGUGGAGUAUGUUGAGCCUGAACCAGAAAGAAGGCUCAUUAUUCCUAAAGGAACCUACAAAGCCAAAGAGAUCGCUCCUCCAGAGGUGGAGCCCCUUCACCUGAGGUACGGCCAAGACCAGUGGGAGGAAGGCGACCUUUACGACAAAGAGAAGCAGCAGAAACCACAGUUCAAGAAGAAGUUGACUUCUAUCAGAAUGAAACGCUUUGGUCCAGCUCAUUUUGAAUGCAGGCUGACACCUAUCGGAGACCCCACGAUGGUGGUGGAGUGGCUGCAUGACGGCAAACCUCUGGAUGCUGCAAACAGGCUGCGCAUGGUCAAUGAAUUUGGCUACUGCAGCCUGGACUAUGAAGUCGCUUAUGCUAGAGACAGCGGGGUCAUCACCUGCAGGGCCACCAACAAGUUUGGAGUCGACCAGACCUCGGCCACCCUGAUCGUCAAGGAUGAGAAGGGCCUGGUUGAGGAAUCACAGCUUCCUGAAGGCAGGAAAGGUGCCCACAGACUUGAUGAAAUACAACGCAUUGCUCACGAACGCGGUCCUUAUGGGGUCACUGCUGAAGAGGAAACAGAAAAAGUGAAACCUGAGAUCGUCCUACUCCCUGAACCAGUCACUGUCUUGGAGGGUGAAACGGCACGAUUCCGAUGCAGAGUGACCGGCUAUCCAUCUCCAAAGGUUAACUGGUACCUCAACGGACAACUUAUCCGCAAGAGCAAGAGAUACAGACUCCGUUAUGAUGGUAUUUACUACCUGGAGAUCACAGAUAUUAAAUCUUAUGAUUUGGGCGUGGUGAAAGUGGUGGCAGACAACAACCUGGGUUCAGCUGAGCACACUGUGAAGCUGGAGAUAACACAUAGAGAGGACUUGAGACAACAUCUGCGCCGUGCCCCUGAAGGUAGGGCACAUGAGGUUCCACACGAUAAAACACCAUUUGAAGUGGUGAAGGCUGAGAAACCUGCACCAGAGGAUGCAGCGCAGAAGGAAGUGGUCACGCUUAAGAAGGUUCACAGAAUUGUCCAUGAGAAGUCCACAGAAGAGUCGGCGGAGCUGAGGAGCAAAUUCAAGCGCAGGACAGAGGAAGGCUACUAUGAGUCUAUCACUGCAGUGGAGCUCAAGUCCCGUAAGAAGGAUGAGUCCUAUGAAGAUCUGCUGAAAAAGACUAAGGAGGAUCUUCUUCACCGUGCCAAAGAGAAGGAGGAGGCUGAGAGGAAGAAGGAGGAGGAAGGUAAAGUUGCUGCAAAAGCUCUCAAACCAGAGAGGAUCAAGCUUUCAGCCAGCAUGGAAGCCCCAAAGAUCGUGGAACGUAUCACGAGCCAGACAGUCGCACAAGGUGACGAGGUCAAGUUCAGGUGCAGAGUCACAGGUAGACCUGAACCUGAGUGCCAGUGGUUCAAAAAUGGCGUUGAGCUUGAGAAGACGGACCGUCUUUACUGGUUCUGGCCUGAGGACCAUGUGUGUGAGCUGGUGAUCAGAGACGUCUCAGCUGAAGAUUCAGCCAGCAUCAUGGUCAAGGCUAUCAACAAGGCUGGAGAGACUUCAAGCCACGCCUUCCUACUGGUGCAAGCAAAACAAGUCUACCAUUUCACACAAAAGCUGGAGGACGUGAAUGCCAAGGAGAAGGACACCAUGGCUACCUUUGAGUGUGAAACCAACGAGCCUUUUGUCAAGGUCAAAUGGAUGAAGGACAAUGUGGAGAUCUUCUCUGGAGACAAAUACAGGAUGCACUCUGACAGAAAGGUGCACUUCCUGUCUGUGCUGAUUAUUGGCAUGAAGGAUGAUGCAGAAUACAGCUGUGUGAUCGUAGAAGAUGAUAUCAGGACAACUGCCAGGCUUAAUGUUGAAGGAGCUCCUCUGGAGAUCCUGCAGCCUCUGGAAAACGCUGAGGUGCCAGAGACCUACUCUGGAGAGUUUGAAUGUGCCGUGUCUCGGGAAGAUACUGAAGGCAGCUGGUUCUUUGGAGAAAAGCUGCUCUCCUCCAGCAGUAAAUACGUCAUCUCAUCCCGCCGUGGAAGACACAGUCUGUCUGUGAAAGAUGUCAAGAAAGAAGACCAGGGGAAAUAUACCUUCAAAAUGGGUGAACUUGUGACAAGUGCUGCUCUGAAGAUGAAAUUGCGUCCUGUGACUCUGAUGACUCCUUUGACGGACCUAAUCGUCUGCGAGGGUGACAUCGCUCAAUUUGAGGUCAAGUUCUCCCAGGAGAAUGUUGAAGGAAGCUGGAAGAAGAAUGGACAGCCAGUCACAGCCUCAGACCGUGUGCACAUCGUAAUUGACAAACUCAUCCAUAAACUCCUGAUUGAAGAUACCAUAAAGGACGACCUUGGAACAUACUCUUUCGUGGUCCCCGAUCACGACAUUACAACAUCUGGAAAGCUGAACGUUCAGACUAUUGGCAUCCUGGUCGACCUAAAGGAUACAACUGCCGUUGAAGGCACCAAAGUUGUCCUAGAGGCCAAAAUCUCUGCUCAGGACGUCACCUCCAUCAAAUGGUACCACAACGACAAACACCUGGUGGCCAGCGACCGAAUGCAGAUGGUGGCAAAGGGUUCCAAGCAGCGUCUGGUCUUUAACAGGACCUACGCUUCAGAUGAAGGACACUACAAACUGGUGGUGGGCCGAGUGGAUACAACCUGUAACUUAACUGUUCAAACUGUCCAGAUCAUAAAGCCCAUGAAGGACAAGGAGUGCUCUGAGUCUGAGAAUGUCACCUUCGACGUUGAGGUUUCUCACCCAGGCAUCGACCCCUUCUGGACCUUCGGCGGUCAACAUCUCAAAGCCAGCGCCAAGCACAAGUUGGAGUCCAAGAAUACACAUCAUUCUUUGACAGUGAUGAAUGCAAUGAAGGAUGAGGAAGGCGAGUACAAGUUCUCUGCUGGCGAGAAGACAUGCAAGGCUUCACUCACCGUAACAGGCGGCGCCAUCAAGAAGCCACUUCAUGACUUGGUGGUCGCCGACUCCCAGACCGCAGUGCUGGAGUGUCAAGUAGCCAACCCAGCAGCAGAAGGAAAGUGGAUGAAAGACGGCCAGCCUAUCGAUUUCAACGAUAAUGUUGUGAGCGAGGUGAAGGGUGCUGUCAGGCGGCUCAUAAUUAACAUCACCAAGGCCACAGACAUUGGAGAAUACGCCUAUCAGGUCGCCACCUCCAGGACCUCAGCUACCCUGAAAGUUGAGGCUGUAAAGAUCAAGAAGACCCUGAAGAACGUGAACGUGAUCCAGACUCAGGAGGCUGUGUUCAGCCUAGAGUUAACCCACGAGAAUGUGAGGGGGGUGCAGUGGAUCAAGAAUGGCGUUGAGAUCCACCCCAGCGAUAAAUAUGAACUCAGCAUCGAGGGCACAGUCCACACCUUGAAGAUCAAUAACUGCAACACCCAAGACGAGUCCGUGUACUCCUUCAAGCUGGGAAAGCUGGGAGCUAGCGCCAGGCUGAAUGUUGAAACCAUCAAGAUCCUGAAGAAGCCCAAGGAUGUGACAUCACUGCUGGGUGCGACAGCUAUGUUUGAAGUUGGCCUCUCAGAGGAUGACAUCCCAAUAAAAUGGAUGUUCAACAACAAAGAGCUGAAGCAGAACGAGCACUACCACAUGACCUCAGAGAGGAGGACCCACAAACUGACGAUCCAGGAUGUGGACAGCAGCAAAGAGGGAGAGUACACCGCUGUGAUUGGCCACCUGCAUUGCAGCGCUCGUCUCAGCGUUGAAGCUCUGCGAGUCACCAAACCCAUAAAGAAUCUGAACGUCCCAGAGACCAAGGAGGCCACGUUCGAGUGUGAAGUUUCUCACUUCAACGUGCCGUCAGUGUGGCUGAGGAACGGUGCAGAGAUCGAGAUGAGCGAGAAGUUCAGGAUCGUGGUUCAGGGAAAAGUCCACCAGCUGAAGAUCACGAACACCAGCAAAGACGACUCUGGAGAGUACACCUUCGUCUGCGGGAACGACCGAAUCUCUGCGACUCUGACCGUCAACCCAAUUCUGAUCACAGCUAUGCUGGAAGACCUGAAUGCCCAGGAGAAGGACUUGGUCACGUUUGAGCUGAACAUCAACUAUGAGGGAAUCACGUACAAAUGGCUGAAAAAUGGCGUGGAGAUCAAAUCCACUGACAGAUGCCAUGCUCGCUGCAAACAGUUCACUCACACUCUGCACAUCAGGAAUGUUCAUUUCGGAGACAGCGCCGAGUACACCUUCAUGGCAGGGUCUGCCGUCACGUCCGCCAAGCUUCACGUGGAUGCCCGUUUGAUUGAGUUUACCAAACACCUGCGGGACCUGCACAUCACAGAGAAGAAGAGAGCCACGUUUGAAUGUGAAGUAUCAGAGCCAGACGUCCAAGUCAUGUGGAUGAAGGACGGGCAGGAGCUGGAGAUGUCCGACAGACAUAAAAUUAGCUCAGAUGGUCUAUCCCACCGCCUGGUUCUGGGGUCAGUUCGCCUGUCUGAUGCUGGUGAAUACACCGCUGUGGCCGGGUCCAGCAUGUCCAAGGGCCGCCUCACAGUCGAGGGGCGGGACGUCAGAAUCUCAGAACCAGAGAGCCGAGACAUCACAGUUGUUGAGAAACAAAGAUCAACCUUUGAGUUUGAGGUGAACGAAGACGACGUUGAGGCUCACUGGUUGAAGAACGGAGUGGAGAUCCAUCUCUCUGAACAGAGGUACAGCUACAUUACCAUCAGGAAAAUGCACCGUCUCACCAUCAAUGAGACCUACAGGAGUGACGCUGGGGAGUACACCUUCAUCGCUGGCAGAAACAAAAGCACCAUCAACCUCCACGUGAGAUUGCCCGAGCCACCUCAUAUUGUCCGCCAAAUGGAGCCCACAACGGCGAUGGCGGGCCGGUCGGCUCGCUUCUCGGCGCAGGUUAGCGGCCUGCCUCUGCCUCACGUGUCCUGGUACAAGGACUCCCAGGCUCUGGCUACCGGUUACAAGUGCAAGUUCCUCCACGAUGAAGACGAGCACACGCUGCUGCUGCUGGAGGUCUUCCCCGAGGACGCUGCGGUGUACAGCUGCGAGGCCAAGAACGACUACGGAGAGGCCAAAAGCUCGGCUUCUCUCACUGUCGAAGUUCCUGAAGUGUCUUCCCGGGUCUCUGCUCCGGUUCUCAUCACCCCCUUGGAGAAUGUCCUGGUCGCACAGGGACACCCUGCAGAGCUGCUGUGCACCGUCUCCGGGGAAGAUCUGCAGAUUUCUUGGUUCUGUAAUGACAGAGAGAUCAAACAGUCUGACAUCUUCAGGAUGUCUUAUUUUGAGGAAACCUGCCUGUUGGAGAUUUCCAAAGUUGUCCUCAGCCAUGAGGGGGAAUACUCUUGUAUUGCCUCAAAUUUGGGAGGAAUGGUCACAUGUUCCGCCACUUUGAAUAUUGACGAUGCAAAAGCCUUAGAUAGUGUGUCAAACACCGGGCCUGAGCCUAAGCUAAUUCAGAGGCUGGAGGCUCAGACAGAGAGUUUCAGCUCUCUGUCUGUGGGACAAACAGCCCACUUUGUUGAGUUCACUGAAUCGGUCUGUGAGAGUUCCUCAACGUCAAGGAGGACGGUUGAGAUUCAGAUGGAGAGCGUCGGCUCGGUGGAGACGACUUCUCACAGCACCUUUGAUUUCAAGCUCCCAACCAGCCCCAAGCUGUUGAUGGAAAUGAGCGACGUCAGAGUGAAAAGCGGUGAGAUGGCGGAGUUCAGCUGCUCGUUCGCAGGGCAGCCCUUCACCGGGGUGGUAUGGGAUCAUAACGGUCAUAGCCUGGUGGACGCUGAGCGGAUGCAGAGUUCUCAGAGUGGGGGGUUGUUGUCCCUACUCAUCCACGACGUUGGUGUGGCGGACCAGGGAAAAUACCGCUGCACAGCCACUAACCGACAUGGUCAGAACAGCUCCUCUGCUCAGCUUACUGUUGAAGCUAAAGAAGCAAACCUCAAAGCAGAGACCCCCAUCCCCACUGAUUCAGUGUGUAAAGUGUCUCAGGCAGACAGGGAGACCCCUAGAGAAACCUCUGACCAUGACAAAGAAGAGUCAGUGGAGAAGCUGGGAACUAUGCCUCAAUCUUCGCAGGGGCCUUACAACUUCACCAGCCACCUGUAUUUCCCUGACGAGAAGAGUCAAGUCCUCUCCAGCUGCCCUGAGUUCCUGAUCAAACUCCCCCCAGAACUGCUGAUCAGUAGCAAAGCAAGCGGCUCUCUGUAUUGCGUUAUGAGGGGGCUUCCCUCUGCGUUUGUCGUUUGGCUUUACAGCCGCUUGAAUGUCAAAGAUUCUGUGUCGUACUCCCUGAAACGUGACGGCCCCCUGUGCUGUAUAAAUGCAAACAAGGUGGAACCCAGAAAAGGGGGCUCUUACUCUUGCAAAAAUGUAAACUCAGCAGGGGAUGCUGAAUGCAGCGAAGUGAUGAAAGUAACUGGGGAGAAGGACAAGGUUCAGGAGGAAGUGCAAGCCUUCUCUAGCUCAACCAUCACAGUGGAGGAGGAAACCCAGCAGUCAUACUACACCGGCUUAACAUUACCAGACAAAACCAAAAUGCUUGAACUCAAACCAGAGACCAAACACUUCUCCAGCAGUUUGGAGAGGAAAAAAGAAAAGCCGGUUUUCCUCAGCGAACUUUCUCCGUCAACUGUGACUGCGGGAGAAACGGCUAUGUUUACUGUUAAGGUGUCCGCUUUCCCCAAACCGUCCGUUCAGUGGUUCCACAAUGGCCAAAGUCUGACGAGUUCGUCUGCGUUUGCUUUCAUUCAUGAACAGGAUGAGUAUAGUUUGGUCAUUAACAAAGUACGGCGGGAAUAUGAGGGGGAGUACUCCUGCACAGUUAGCAACAGGUUCGGCCAGUCGACCUGCACUUCUUAUCUGCACGUUCAGCUGAAGGAACCAGAAAGGGAGGAGAGGGUUGAUGGAACAGUGUUUGUACCAACUGGAAACCCCCCCAAAUUCACAACAACUAUACAGUCUCUUGAGGUUUUGGAGGGAGGUCAGUGUUUUUUCAGGUACGCCGUGACUGGAGAUCCUCUCCCUGAGCUUCAGUGGCUUAAAGGUAGCUUCCACAUUCAGCCAAGUGGGUUCUGUAUCAUGGUAAACAACCAGGAUGGAUCAGGCUUUAUCAACAUUAAAGGUGUCAAACAAGAGCAUGGUGGCCUCUACACCUGUAGGGCCACCAACCAAUAUGGGGAAGACUCUUGCUCUGCUGAGCUGUUUGUUAUAAGUGAGAAAGCUCAAGAAAAGCCCCAGUUAGUUAAAAAAUCUAAAGGUCUUAAGAUAUCCAUGACUGAACAAACCAGAGAAUCCAGAUUAUACGAGGAAAGAAGCCGGUCCGAGCAGAUGAUUUACACCAUUAGCACUGAAGACCGGCAAAUUAUUCCCAGCGAGGAGGUGGGAAUUAUCAAUAAGCUUGAUAUCUCAGCCGCCACGCUUCACCGAGAGCAGCUUACCCACCAGGCAGCAGUACUGCAGUCACAUGAAAUACAGGAGAGGGUUUCUUUGGCUCCGCCCCAUCCACCAGAGUUCUCAGCUGUUCCUGCAAAGCAGCUUCACAUGGCGACUUUCUUAUCUUCAGUCCAGGAGAGACAGAAGAUCACAGAGCAGCACGCUGAGCAAAUUCUCAGUCCUGAGGUAGUUGAGCCUGAAUUAACUGAGCAGCAGCAGUCCAGGGUCAUGUCAGCCGUGUCUGAGGAGGUUCUGUCACUCACCACGGUGAGAGCCGAGUCUUUGACGGACCAGACUCCAGAGCAGGUUAAGACCACGACUGAGCCCCGGCAGCUUGUUAGCAGCCACCAAGUUGAAUCAGCUCGACCCAUCGUCGAUGAAAAGUCAGGUCCUGUGAGCAGGCCAGAAGCAGAAAAGAGUUUCAGGGUCACAGAGGGGACGAAGAUUUUAUACUCAGCUCAGUCUGAAAGCCAACUGCUGCUGACAGAAACCCAUCCCGAGUCUCUGCCAGCUCUGGACUCAGCUAUAAAACCCUCGGUUGAAAAAGAACAACCUAAACCAGUGUUAGCGCCAGUGAGCGAAACCAAAGUGACUCUAACCAAAGAAAAGACAUUUGAAAUACAGAGACCAGGGAAGGAAAGCAUCAGCCCAUGCAAAGACAGGGUGUGUAAGUUAGCUGUAACUAAUGAAGAGAAGUACAACAUCCAGGCUGAACAAACAGGACAGGUGCCACCUCUAGGAGUGUCUGUUUGUCUGCAGCCUCAGAGUGAGGGAAAACAACUUCUUAACCUGCAGGUUAUCAGCGAUCAGGAAGUUUUACAGUCUGAGGGCAAGUUGGCCAGUGAAAGGCCGUCUGCAGAGCAAGCAGAAGUGAGCAAGAGUCCAGUUUUGCUGCAUUCAGUGACUCAAGAGGAGCAGAGGACUGUGGUUUGCGAAGCAACUUCAGACUUGGCAGAAAAGACUGAUUCUAUCUCUGUUCAACCAAAGAAAGAGCAACCACAAGCGAAGUACCUUCAGACUGUCCAUUCUUUGUCAGUUUUACCGAAGGAGGGUCUACUUUCUACCACAAAACCAGACCAACAGGUGGCAGUUCAGAAGCAGGAAAAGGCCAGAAGCCAUGCCGUUACCUCAGAGAUGAGAAGGGAGAUCACAGCAGAUUAUCACAAAGACCUAGACGUGUCUCUGGACGGCGUUAAGUCGCAGAUAAGAAUAGAGGCAAAGUCUCCCAGCAUCCUACCUGUGUCAUCCCAGCCCCUCCAGCUGCCGAAGGAGGCUCCCUUGUCUACGAACUUCAAGCAGCAGCGAGCGCUAAUGCAGAGAGAGGAUAACUGGGACAACAAGCAGUCUUUGAACGUCACAGACACUCAGAUUCUGGAGGAGGGUCACACCACUAGUCUUGAAAGUGAUAAGACAUUCAAGCCUGAAAUCAAAAUUGAGCCCAAGAUCCCCAAAAAGCCAGUUUUCAUAGAAGAGAAGGCGGUUGCCACUGAAAGCUGCACCGUCUUAGAAGCUGCUGAGCAGGAUUUUGCAGUCCACAUCCAAGAGGGGCAGUCGGUCCGACAGUCGGUAAUGCUUGAAGAGAAAUGUGUCAUUAGGGGAGAGCAAUCACGUGAAAUACAUAAAUCUGAGAGCUCAACUGUCAGCGUUAAGACGCAGACUAAAGGGGUUAUGUUUGUCCAUGAGUCCCAGGAUUCUCAGACUCUACCUAAAGAACUCAACUUUAUCAUUCACAUCCCCAAGCCAACAAGUCUGAAUGUUCGACGUCAGCUGCGGGAUGCUCUUCAGUCAGCCGUGGCGAGCGAUCAGCCAGUGUUAUUGGCCGACGUUGUAGGCGCAUUAGAGACAGUCGAGAUACAGGAAGUCAAAAUGCAGAGAGAGCCUAAACGGGCCACCUAUACUUACCUUGUCACAUCCCCAGGUGCCCCUCUGGAGAUCACGCUGUCCUUUGAGGGGGAAUAUCCUCAGACAGCUGACCUCAGGUCUGAGCUUCAGGUAGCGCUCAGUGCUAUGGUGUUCCAGGAGCAGCACGGUCUUUCAUCAGAGCAGCCAGGCCUGUUGCAGACUGAUAAACCUCAGAGAGCACUGGUGAGCUCAGCGUCCUCCAAAGGGGUGCUGUCAUCUGUGGUGGACACUGUGGUGGUAGCAGAGAAUGUGGUUGGGUUUCCUCCAUCUGUUCCUCAGUCUGCAGUCGUCAAAACUGAAGUCAGAGCUUCCCUCCAAGGUGCAACAGUUCAGAGUCGCACCGAGGUCCAUGAAUCUAAGGAGGUGAGGUGGAGAGAAACCAGAGAAGAGUACCUUUCAGAGGCAGUCAUGAUCAGUGAGUCCUCUGACAGCCUGAAUGAUUGUCCUGCCGUCAUUGAUUCUUUGGAGGAUGUUUGUGCUGAGGAAAACGGCGAGGCUGUUUUUACUGCCACCAUUAAGUAUGUCACCAGAGUUAACUGGUUUUUCAAUGGUCAAUUGGUGAAAUCUGGCAAAGAGUUCAAGUGUUCUAAACAACAAGACACGUACACACUUGUUAUCACUAAAGUUGAUAAGGAGAAGCAUCAAGGCGAAUAUGUCUGUGAGGCCGAAAAUGAAGCUGGCAAGACUACGACGUCUUCGAGACUCACUGUGGUCUCAAAAGUGAAACCUGUGUUCAGAAACAGAAUUGUUCCACUGGAGGUCAACAUUGACAGACCUGUCAUGUUUGAAUGUGAUGUUGAAGAUGCUCCAAACGUGAGCUUCAAGUGGUCCAAAGAUGGACACCCCAUCAAAGAGAGCAAUAAGUACAGGAUUAUCAGUCGCUUCCAUGCUUCCUCCCUGGAGGUUCUUAGCCCAACAAAGGAGGACAGCGGUGAAUACACCUGCAAGGCAUCCAAUCAGCAUGGCAGUGACGAAUGCACUGCCUCUCUCAGCGUGACAGAGCAAUUCCCUCCCGUUUUUAUAACUAAACCUGAGCCCCAGACAGUGUAUGUUGGAAAGAGGGCAGUGAUACAGAGUGUAAUCGGAGGAUCUGCUCCUCUGAAUGUUGUCUGGCUCAAAGACAACUGGGCUUUGCCCAAAGAGCCAGAGCACUACCACACCUAUUGCGAAAAGAAUAAGCACACUCUUGAAAUUGCCGAUCUUCGGGCAGAUGACGGGGGGCUUUAUGUGUGCCAGGUGUCUAAUAACGUUGGGACGGCUGAGUGCAGCGCAGAGCUGCAUGUUAUCGAUAAACCCAACUUUGUAAAGCCCCUGGGCUCAGUUGCCGCUGUGGUCGGAGCUCCUCUGCACCUGGAAUGUCAGGUGGAUGAGGACACUGGAGUAACUGUCACCUGGACCAGAGAUGGUAAAAAAGUCCACCAGUCUCCAGACUGUAAACUGUCUUUUGAGGAUAAGACAGUUAAUCUUGAAAUCCUAAAGACCACACUGAAAGAUUGUGGAAACUAUGUGUGUAAGGUGGCAAAUGAAGCGGGAAGUGCAUCCUGCUCCACUUCGGUUAAAGUACAAGAACCACCAGUCUUCACAAAGAGGCUGGAAGCUACCACAGUUUGGAAGAAAGGCAGCACUGCACGGUUACAGUGCAACAUCAAAGGAUCCCCUGAGCUUCACACAACCUGGUUCUUCAACAACAGCAAGCUGCUGGCCGGCGGUAGAUAUGCCAUUGGUCUGAAGGAUGGUCUCGCUUCCCUUGAGAUAAGCGAUGUCACAUUGAGUGACAGCGGAAACUACAGUUGUGAGGUUCUCAAUGAGUCUGGGUGUGAAAGUUGCAGCACUAAAGUAAUAGUGAAAGAACCUCCAUCCUUCAAGAAGGAUUUACCCUCGGUAGAGGGAGUCAGAGGAUCGGUCACUGUGCUGGAGCUUGAGAUUGAAGGCUCUUCUCCAUUUGAUGUGGCGUGGAAAAAGAAUAGGAAACACUUGUCUGCAGAUAAAAAGUACAGAGUGUUGUCACAGGGGUCGCUGACAUCUCUGGAGAUCCGCUCAUUAGAGAGCGCUGAUGUUGGCGAAUAUGAAUGUGUUGUAUCAAAUGAGGUUGGGUCGGUGAUCUCAAAGACGGUGGUUAAAAAGAAAGAGCCACCCAUGUUCUCAAAGAGGAUUGAGAGUGCCACGGCCGUUCUGGGGAAUGCAGUGAAAUUGCAGGGUGUCUUGAAAGGCUCCGCUCCCAUUUCUAUCAAAUGGAUGAAAGACUCUGAGCUGCUUAGAGAAGACGAUCCAAAUGUCACAAUGACCUUUGCGAACAAUGUCGCUAGCAUUUCCUUCUCAUCUGUUGACAUCAAGCAUGACGGCAAGUACACCUGCCUCGCGGAAAACGAGGCGGGGCAGCAGAAAUGUGAGGCUGUCCUGACUGUUCAAGAACCUGCUAAGAUCUUAGAGAAAGCCGCCUCCAUCAGCGUGACUGCAGGCGAGUCAGCCAUGUUGGCGUGCCUGAUUUCUGGAAGCCCUGAACUCAAAGUGAAAUGGUUCAAGGAUGGCAAGGAGAUGAUCAGUGGCCGUAAAUAUAAAAUAACUCUAAAGGAGAACACGGCCGCUCUAAAGAUUCUUGCUGUGGAUGGCAAAGAUGCUUCGGAGUACAAGAUGGAGGUGUCCAAUAAAGUCGGAAAAGACCAGUGUACCUGUUCAGUCACGGUUUUAGACCGCGCGGUUCCGCCAUCCUUCACCAGAACUCUAAAGAAAAUGGAUGGAACUGUUGGUAGUAAUGUUACCUUGGAGUGCAGAGUUGCUGGGUCUCAGCCAAUGGCUGUUUCUUGGUUCAAAGACAGUAAAGAAAUUCACAUAAGUGAUAAAUAUCAGCUCGAGUUCAGAGAGAGUGCAGCCUCUUUGACCAUAACAGGCCUGGACCAAAGCGACGGAGGAUCUUACAUAUGCCGGGCCUCUAACGUUGCCGGAGAAAAAGAAACCAGCGGCACUGUGUCCGUCAAAGAAUCUCCGGUCUUCACUGUGAAACCCGAGUCACAGGAUGUUUCACCAGGAUCAAAUGUUGUGAUCAAAUCAGCCUUCACUGGAUCAACUCCUCUGGCGGUUAAAUGGUUCAGAGAGGAAAAGGAGAUCUUCACAGGGGGAAAGUAUUUUGUUAAGAAAGACUCCUCCUCAAGCUCCUUGGAGCUUAAUUCAGUGAAACCCAGUGACUCCGCUAAGUACACCUGCCAAGUAUCCAAUGACGCCGGGAAGGUGGACUGCACCGCGGUCCUUUUUGUAAAAGAAGCCCCCACAUUUACGAUGAAGCCUGAGCCUUCACAGCUGCUAAAAACUGAACAGCCGCUGAAACUGUCCUGCAAAGUGCAGGGAACUCCUGUAAUUUCCAUCAAGUGGUUUAAAAAUGGCUCAGAGGUUGUUUCGGACCACAGACACACAAUGUUCUUUGACAACUCAAUAGCGACUCUGGAGAUAGAGAGCUGCUCUGUUGAGGACAGUGGAGAAUUUGUCUGUGUGGCGUCCAGCGAGGCCGGCAGAGACCAGUGCAGCAGCUCGGUAGCAGUGAAAGCUCCUCCAGUGUUUUUGAGACCUUUUGAAUCAACUGAGCUUCUGACAGGGUCAGAUAUUACCCUGAAAGGAACCAUCUCAGGUUCUGCUCCAUUUGAAAUAAGCUGGUUCCUCAAUGAAAAGCUCAUCACAAGCAACAAAAGGCAUAAAAUCAGUGUUGAAAAAGACACGAUUACUCUUCAGAUUUCAAACUGCGAGUUUGGAGAUGCUGGGACGUACCGCUGUGUUGUUGCAAACGAUGUUGGGGAGACCUCUUGCUCAUGCCAGAUCUCUUUCAAAGAACCACCAUCAUUUGUUCAAAGAUUAGAGGACAUGUCCUGCAUGGUGGGCUCUGAAAUCUCUAUGAGUUGCAUGUUGUCUGGAUCACUUCCUAUGACUUUCCUCUGGAUCAAAGACGACCGUGAGCUCAGAGAAGAUGAGCAUGUUGAGAUGUCCUGCGAAACCAAGAGUGCAGUGUUGAAUUUGAAAAAUGCUCAAUUAUCACACUGUGGAAAAUAUGUGUGUAAGGCACAGAACAAAGCUGGGACUCAGAGCUGUGCCGCUGUGCUCAUGGUGACAGGUUUGUUAGACUUUUGUUGCUCUUCUUUGCAAGUGUCAGAACACGUCAGGGGAUAUAGUGCAAAGCAGUUCUCAGGCUCCAGAUCACUCAAGUCCAGAUGGACGAAGGAAGGAAAAGAGCACACAUCACGUCAGAGAGGGAAGCCUCCUUCAUUUGUUGAAGAACUGUUGUCCCUUGAAGUUUGUCAAGGUUCCACCGCGGUGUUCGAUUUCAAAGUAGCAGGAAGCGGUCCCUUUAAGGUUACAUGGUUCAAAGAUGAAAGGACAAUCAAAGCCAGCAAAAAAUACAUUAUUGAUGACAAAUAUGUGGGCUUGAAAAUCCAGGAUUGCAGAGUGGAAGACACCGGUACUUAUCAUUGUCAGGCAGCCAAUGAGGUUGGAAGCUGUUCUGGCUCUGCAGUAUUGUCUCUGAAAGUCCCUCCAACAUUUGUUCAGAAGAUAGAAAAUCUCUGCACUAUCCUGGGAGAUCCUGCAGUCUUUAACUGCUCUGUGGAAGGUUCAAUGCCGCUGUUUGUGCAAUGGCAAAAAGACGAAACCUGGAUCCCGAUGGAUUCAAAUAUAGAGAGAACUUUUGAGGACAAAGAAGCGACUCUCAGAAUACCUGCUUGCGAUGCAGCUCACAGAGGGAAAUACACCUGCCAUGUUGUAAACGAGGCAGGCCAGAGCACAUGUUUUGCCACUCUUACUGUGCAAGAACCACCUAAGAUCCUUGAGAGGCCAGAGGUGGUCAAAGUGACUUGUGGUGAUCCAGUUAGGCUUGAGCUUAGGGUAGCUGGUACUCCUCAGCUAAAUGUAACAUGGACCAAAGAUGGUAAAACACUCCAAUCAAGCAGAAAACAUCAUCUGUACUACGAGAACAACCUUGUCAGCCUUAAAAUACAGUCGUCUCAGCAGGAGGACAGUGGAGAGUACCUGGUCAAACUAAAAAACUCUAUUGGGACAUGUAGCUCUAAAGUCAUGCUGAUUGUUUUAGAUGAGGCAGUUCCUCCCACAUUCAUUAAGAAGCUACCAAACAUCCAAGCUGUUAUGGGUUCAGUGGUUACGAUGGAGUGUAAAGUAAUUGGUUCCCUCCCAUUAUCUGUUGAAUGGAGCAAAGGGAAAAGAAAGAUCACCAAGAGCUCAAUGUACCGUCUUCUGCAUGUUGAAAACUCAGUGUCACUGGAGUUAAAACUGACUGACAGCAGUGAUACAGGAGAAUAUUCCUGUAAAGUUACCAACGAAGCAGGCAGCUGUGUGUGCAGCGGUGUUCUCACAGCUAAAGUGCCACCAAGAUUUGUAGCUGGGCUCGAGUCUCAGGCUGUUGUUCCAAAGUCUGCUGUACUCUUCAGAAGUGUCUUUGAGGGGACGCCACCAUUUACGGUGAAAUGGUUCAAGGAUGACGUCGAACUCAUCACUGGACCCUCAUGUACACUUAGACUGGAUAAAUAUUCUUCUUCUGUAGAGCUCAACUCAGUGGGGACUCUGCAGAGUGGAGUUUAUUCUUGCCAAAUUAGCAACGAAGCAGGCGCGAUGACAAGUGCAGCAGAGUUGUUGGUGAAAGAACCUCCUCAGUUUAUCCUGAAACUGCCCCCCACUACCUUUGUCAAGCAGUUUGAAAGACACUGUUUUGAAUGUGGUGUCAACAAUGCACAGUCCUUGAAAAUGUGCUGGUACAAAAAUGGCCAAAAGAUAACAGACGGAGGCAACUAUAAAACAAUGUUUGUUGACUUGACUGCAUACCUGCAGCUGCACUCCACAACGUCUGAGGAUAACGGUGUCUACAUGUGUGAGGUUCAUAAUGACGCUGGCAGUGCAACCUGCAGCACAACCCUUACAGUUCAAGAGCCCCCAUCCUUUAUCAAAACUCCAAGCCAGGUGGAGCAAAUCAAGGGAAGAGAUGUCAGUCUGCACUGUGAGAUUAAUGGCACUCCACCUUUUGAGGUCAAUUGGUACAAAGAUAAAAGACCCCUGAAAGAAAGUGAUAAAUACAAGUUAGCCAACGUUGGCAGCUCUGCCACGCUUCAUGUAAUGAAAGUGGAGCAAGAUGAUGGUGGUCUUUAUGAGUGCAGAGUGUCAAACAGUGUAGGAAGUGACCUUUGCCACUCUACCAUUACCCUAAAAGAACUACCAGCAUUUGUCCAGAAACUCAUCGACCAGUCUGUGAGAGUUGGAGAGCAGCUGACUCUGACAGCUAGGGUUAAAGGCUCUGAGCCCUUGACUGUGACCUGGGUCCAGGACAAAGAUCACAUUCUCAGAGACAGUGACAACAGAAGGAUCAUCUUUGAGAACAAUGUAGUCACUCUUACAGUACCCAUGGCUGACUUAACCACAGGUGGUAAAUACACUUGCCAGCUGAAAAACGACUUUGGAGUGGCGGAGUCUGUCUCCCAAGUGACCGUUUUAGAACCUGCUUCUGUCGUGGAAAGCCCUGAUUCGAUGAGCGUGACGUCAGGAGAAGACGCGUCUCUUGAAGUCAGAGUAUCUGGUUCACCAGAACUAAAAACAAAGUGGUUCAAGGAUAACAAAGAGCUAACUGCUGGUGCCAAACAUCAGAUGUCCUUCAAAAACAAGGUUGCCAUCCUGAAGAUUUGGUCUGCAGACAAAGCAGAUGCUGGGCAAUAUAAACUCGAUGUUACAAAUCCCAUUGGCACAGCCUCAUCCAAAACUAACCUCUCUGUCUCAGAUAAGUUGAUUCCACCAAGUUUCAUAAGGAAGCUGAGAGACACUCAGCUAGUUGUGGGUAAACCUGGGGAGAUGGAGUGCAAAGUUACCGGAACUUCUCCAUUAACAACUUCCUGGUUCCACAACAGCCAGGAGAUCAAAAGUGGUCCAAACUAUGACAUCAGCUGCAUGGACAGCAAAUGCACAUUAAGAGUUACUACAGUCAAGAUGUCAGAUUCUGGCAAGUACACAUGUAAAGCAGUGAAUGCUGCAGGAGCCUCUGAGACGAGUGCUUUGAUGAAUGUAACAGAGCCUCCAUCUUUUGUGGCUAUGCCUGAAGCCAAAGAAACAUUACCUGGCAAAAAUGUGACUUUCACAGCCAAAGUGAAAGGAAGCAGCCCCGUGACAAUCAAAUGGUUCAGGGGAGCCAAGGAAAUGCAGCAUGGAAGAGGCUGCGAGAUUUCUUUGAAGGACGAAGUUGCCACUUUGGUCCUUCACCGAGUUGACGAGUUCCACACAGGAGAGUACACCUGUGAGAUCAUUAACAAUGCAGGAAAAGAAAGCUGUCCAGUUUAUCUGCUCGUGAAAGAACAGAAAAUCCCUCCAACCUUCACCAAGAAACCCUCCGUGUCCAUGGAGGAUGCGAUUGGCAAGACGAUAAAGAUGGAGGGUCGGGUGGCUGGCUCACAGCCACUGACCAUCACGUGGUACAAGGACGACAACGAGAUCCAUGCAUCUCCUAAAUAUGACAUCACCUUCAAGAACACCAUGGCCGGGCUACAUGUCAGAGACUCUGUAGAUUCUGACAAAGGUCUUUACAUCUGUGAGGCUUCCAAUGAAGCAGGAAAAGCUUCAUACCAGGUCACACUCACAAUUUCAGGCCAGCCUCCUAAAUUUGAUCAGCCUCUGAAGCCAGUGACAGUGAACGAGGGUGAGAAGCUGAACCUCAAAUGCCACGUCAGUGGCACUCCUCCUUUGACCAUCCAGUGGAUGAAGGAUCGGAAGGAGCUUAAGUCCAGUGAUGACUUCAAAAUCACGUUUGACCAUGGGAUGGCUUGCCUUGAGAUCAGCCCAGUGUCAACCAUAGAUGCUGGGGAUUACCUCUGCAAGGCCACCAAUGAUAAUGGCACUGACUUCUGCAAGUCAAAGGUCACUGUCAAAGAAAAGACAAAGGCUGGAGAACCUGCCGCCCAGCAUGCAGGUGCUGGAGCUGCCCCAGUCAAAAAGCUGGACAACCUGUUCUUCAUCGAGGAACCCAGAGGAAUGUCUGUAGUAGAGAAGGAAACCGCAACCUUCAUUGCCAAGAUUGGAGGUGAACCAAUCCCCAGCGUGAAGUGGAUGAAGGGCAAAUGGAGACAGAUCACCCCCGGUGGUCGUAUUGCCAUCGUACACAAGGGCCAGGAUGCCAAAAUGGAGAUCAGAGAUGUGACCAAGUCCGACGCUGGUCUCUACAGAUGUGUUGCCACCAACAAACAUGGAGAAAUCGAGUGCGGUGCAGAGAUGGAGGUCACCAAAAAGGAGGAAAUUGAGGAAACUGGAGACAUAAGGCCAAUACUCAAGAAGACUCCUUCCAAGCAGAAGACCCCCAAGAAAGACGAAGAGAUCAACAUUGUGGAGUUGCUCAGAGGUCAUGACCCAAAAGACUACGAGAAACUCCUGCGUGAACAAGGAAUCCAUGAUUACCGAGCUAUCCUGCAGGCCAUAGAGUUCCUGAAGAGGGAGAAGGAGAUGGAGUCUGGACAAGUGGGUGUUGAGCAUGGUGGUCGUGUUGAAGAGGAGGAUAUGGCCAAACUGAUCCAGCAGCUAGAGAGUCGCGUUGGCACUGAGCCCAUCUCUGUGAUGGAGGACAUCUCCGACCAGACAAUCAAUGAGAACCAGAGCGCCACCUUUGAAUGCCAGAUCAAGAUCAACUACCCAGAGAUCACGUUGACCUGGUACAAAGGUACGCAGAAACUGGACAAGAGCAACAAGUACGACAUCGGCAGCACAGGGGACCAUCACUAUCUGAAGAUCACCAACUGCCAGGCCAAAGAUCAGGGCAACUACCGUGUGGUGUGUGGUCCUCACAUCUCCAACGCCAAACUCACCGUCACAGCUGACCAAAUUCAGUUCACAAAAUGCAUCCAAAGCAUCGAGGUCAAUGAACGUCACUCUGCCACCUUCGAGUGCGAGUUGUCCUUCGACAAUGCCACCGUCACAUGGUACAAAGACUCGUGGGAGCUUAGAGAAAGCCCCAAAUAUAACUUCAGGACAGAGGGCCGACGGCACUUUAUGACAAUCCACAACGUCACUGCAGAGGACGAAGGCGUUUACUCCGUGAUCGCAAGUCUGGAGCCGAUGGGAGAAGCUCGAAGCACAGCCGAGCUUUACCUAUCCGGCAAAGAAAUUGGGUUAGGAAAGGUUCCUCAGGACAUCCCAGAUACUCCAGUUCAUGUGCCAACGGCAGCGUCGAUGGUGCUUUCCAGAGAUUCCUCAGAGUUUUAUCACUUCGAGCAAAGAACUGAAGUUGAAGAGUUUCAAAGUCUGACAGUUGAAGAGGAGAGGGUUUCGGUUCGGUACUCCUCCGUAACAGAAGAGAAAAGAGCUGUUGAAGAGUUUGUGGAGAGGACUCAGGUUGGACUCAGAGAAGGACUCCCUUCAGUUCCUGAGAUUCACAGGAGACCCGAGGAGGAACCCCGUCCACAUGAAGAACCUGAUGCAAGGAAGCUACAACCAGAAGUUGCUGUCACUGUCCCACAUCGGCCAGAAGUGCAUCCCAUUCCAGAAGCUCAAGUUACCCCAGAGGAGAAGAAACCAACUGCACCUUCCCCUGUAUCAAAGACAAUCACUCCACCUGCAGACAAGGAACCCAUUUCAGCUCCUGGACCAAGCAAAGAGGGAAAGCCAUCAGAAGAGGCCCCUAAAGGAAGAGGGAGAGGAUUUGGGGCGAGACAAACUCCAUCUCCUGGUGAUGGUGGCAGAGGCCGGGGCUUGAAGCCCGGCGGCAAGGGCACACCACCAGAGGAACCAGGUUUUGCAGGAUUCAAGCUCAAACCCGUCCCCCUGAAGUUCAUCAGGAAGAUCCAGGACCUCCUUCUGAAGGAGGCAGAAUCCGUCGGCACGGCUGCUGUCUUUGACUGCGAGGUGUCACCCUCCACUGCCAUCACCACUUGGAUGAAAGAUGGCUGCAACUUGCAUGAGGGCCCCAAAUACAAGUUCACUUCUGACGGCAAAGAUCGCAAGUUGAGCAUCAUUGACGUCCAGCUGUCCGACAAUGGCGAAUACACCUGCCUGGCCAAGAACGCUGGCAAGGAGAUUCAGUGCACAGCCAAGCUCGUCGUUGAAGAAUUGCCUGUGAAAUUUGUGGUCGAGCUGGAACCAGAGACGUCGUGCAUGAAGGGUCAGCCGGUGUACAUGACCUGUGAGUUGAACAAAGAGAAAGAUGUGGUCUGGAAGCGAAAUGGCGAAGUCCUGAAGAAAAAAGCUGGAAAAGUAGCUAUCAAUGUCAUUGGUAUGCAACAAGCUGUGACCAUCCAGAACUCCAGCAAUGAGGAUGCUGGCACCUACACCUGUGAGGUAGAUGGUAAGGAGGAUGUCAAGACCACAACCGCUGUCACAGUGAUAGAAUUCAUCAAAGACUGGCUGGUGAAACCUCUCAGAGACCAGCACGUGAAACCAAAGACCAAGGCCACUUUCAAAUGUGACCUGGUCAAAGACACUCCCAACUGGAAAUGGUACAAAGGUGACGACGAGCUGACACCUUCCGACAAGGUGGAUAUCAAGAAAGAUGGCAAAGCCAUGACGCUCACCAUCAACAACUGCCAGCCCGAGGACGUAUCGGACUACACCAUUGAAGUUGAGGAUCGCAGAUACACAGCCAAGCUCACACUUGGAGAGCGCGAGGCCGAGGUUUUGAAACCCCUCGCUAGUGUGGAGGUGAUUGAGAAGGAUGAAGCCAACUUCGACACUGAAAUAUCUGAGGAGGAUGUUAUGGGCGAAUGGAAACUGAGAGGUCAGGUGUUGACAAGAUCCCCGACAUGUGACAUUAAAGCUGAAGGCGGGAAGCGCUUCCUGACUUUGAAGAACGUGCAGCUGGAUCAGGCUGGGGAAGUGUCAUAUCAGGCUCUGAACGCCGUCACAACGGGGAUGCUCACCGUCAAAGAAAUCGAAAUGGGCUUUGUUGACACACUGAAGGACGUUUCAGUACCUGAAAAGAAACAGGCUAAGUUUGAAUGCUCCAUCACCAAAGAAGUGCCGAUGGUCAUGUGGUUUAGGGGGGUUGAAAUCAUUACCCCGAGCCCCAAAUAUGAAAUACUCCAUGAUGGAACAAAACACAUGCUGAUAAUUAACACAUGUGAAUUUGAUGAUGAGGCUGAGUACACUAUUGAGGUGUCGGGCCAGAAAUCCACAGCUCAGCUGUCAGUGGAAGGCAUGAGGCUGAAAUUUGUUCAGCCGCUACAGGACCAAACUGUCAAAGAAGGUAAUAUGGUGCGCUUUGAUAUUGAAUUGACUCAUGAAAACGUGCCAGUGGUUUGGUACCGAAACGAAGUCAAACUGCACGUGAGCCGAACAGUGCUCACGCACGUGGAAGGAAAGAAACACACUCUAGAAAUGAGUAUGUUGACUCUGGAUGAUACCUGCCAAAUAAAGGCAGAGGCCGCAGGAGUUUACUCCACAGCCAAACUGACAGUCAUAGAGGGCCAAGCCAUCUUUGUGGUGAAGCUGCAGGAUUACACCGCCACCGAGAAAGACGAAGUGACGCUGGACUGCGAACUGAGCAAAGACGUCCCCGUCAUUUGGUAUCACAGCGAGAAGGAAGUCGUCGCCUCCAAGAUGGUGGUAAUGAAGUCAGAGGGAACACGCAGAUCCCUGGUCUUCAAGAAAGUGGGACAGAACGAUCAAGGCCAUUAUGAAUGUGACUGUGGAACAGACAAGACCUCGGCCAACAUCAUCAUUGAAGCACGUGACGUGAAGGUUGUUCGGCCGAUCUACGGCGUGGAGCUGUUCGAUGGAGAGACGGCUCGUUUUGAGGUGGAGAUUUCCGAAGACGACGUGCACGGCCAGUGGAAGCUGAACGGAGAAGUGCUUAGUCCCUCUAAAGACGUUGACAUCAUCGAGGAGGGCCCCAAACACACUCUGAUCCUGUACAACUGCAGAGUCCCCAUGACCGGAGAGAUUUCGUACUCGGCGGCCAACGCCAAGUGCUCCGCCAACCUGAAGGUCAAAGAACUUCCACUGAACUUCCUCACACCCCUGAGUGACGUCCAGGUGUACGAGAAGGACGAGGCCAGGUUCGAGUUGGAGGUGUCGAGAAUUCCCAAGAGCUUCCGCUGGCUAAAAGGCUCACAAGAGCUGCAGAGUGACGACAAGUACGAGAUGAUACAGGAGGGAAAAAUGUAUGUUUUGGCGAUCCAUUCGGCCGCCUACGAAGACGAGGCCAAGUACAUGUUUGAGGCUGAGGACAAGAGGUCAACCGGCAAACUUAUCAUUCAAGGUAUCCGCCUGGAGUUUGUCAAACCCAUCAAGGAUGUGACAGUGAAGGAGCGUGAGACUGCAGAGUUCAGUGUUGAGCUUUCUCAUGAAAAAGUCCCAGUGGUGUGGUACAAAAACGACGUCCGUCAGCAUCCCAGCAAGGUCGUCCACAUGACAGAUCAAGGGAAGGUCCACACGCUGGCCUUCAAGGAGGUGACGAUCGACGACACAUCCAUGAUCAGAGUGGAGGCCAUGGACAAGAGCAUAAAUGCCAUGCUCACCGUCCUCGAGGGCGACCUGUACUUCACCACCAAGCUGCAGAACUACACGGCGGUGGAGAAGGACGAAGUCAAACUUGUCUGCGAGCUGAGCAAAGCUGCCGCUGAAGUCAAAUGGUUCAAGGAUGGAAAGGAGAUCAUACCGUCCAAGAACAUUGCGAUCAGCGCUGACGGCAAGAAACACAUCCUGACAGUCAGGAAGGCGGAAAAGGCAAACAUCGGCGCGUACUCCUGCGACUGUGGCUCAGACAAAACCACAGCCAACCUCAACAUUGAAGAGCGGGACAUCAAGGUUGUGCGUCCGCUGUACAGCGUUGAGGUCACAGAGACGGAGACGGCCAGGUUUGAGACGGAGAUCUCAGAGGAGGACGUGCACGGAAACUGGAAACUGAAGGGAGAGGCGUUGCACCAGUCUCCAGAUAUCGAGAUCAAAGAGGAGGGAACGAAGCACAUGCUGAUCCUCUACAAUGUCCACAAGGACAUGGCCGGACCCGUCGACUUCACGGCAGCAAACGCCAAGUCCAACGCUCAGCUCCGAGUCAAAGCUCGCUCCAUCACGACCAUGCGUCCUCUGAAGGACGUGACGGUGACGGCGGGAGAGACGGCCACCUUCGAGUGCGAGCUGUCAUACGAGGGCAUCGCCGUGGAGUGGUUCCUGGGAGGACAGAAGAUGGAGGCCAGUGAUCGGGUGAAGACUCGAGUGGCGGGAAGAGUUCACACUCUGACCGUCAGAGAUGUGAAGCUGUCGGAGGCCGGUGACGUCAAACUGACCGCCAAAGACUUCCAGACUCAAGCUCAGCUCAUCGUGGGAGAGCCACCGGUAGAGUUCACGAAGCCUCUGGAGGACCAGACGGUGGAGGAGGAAGCCACCGCUAAACUCGAGUGUGAAGUUUCCAGAGAAAACGCAGAAGUACAUUGGUUCAGAGAGGGAAAGGAGAUCAGAAAGACCAAGAAGUACGACCCGAUCGUUGACGGACGCAAGAGAGUGCUUGUCAUCCAUGACUGCUCUCCAGAUGAUGCAAAGAUGUACACAUGUGAUGCCAAAGAGUUUAAGACUUCCUGUUUCCUGGAGGUUACACCUCCUUAUGUGGAGUUUACAAAGCCUCUCCAGGAUGUGGAGGUCAGAGAGAAGGAAUCUGGCAAGUUUGAAUGUGAGGUGUCCCGCGAGUCCGCAAAGGUUCGCUGGUUCAAGGACGGCAACGAGAUCAGGAAAGGAAAGAAAUACGAGAUUACGGCAAAGGGAGUUCAUAGGAUCCUCAUCAUUCACAAGUCUGCGUUUGAUGAUGAGGCUGAGUACGAGUGUGACGCCAGAACCUCCAAGACCUCCGGCAUCCUCACUGUCAUCGAGGAGGCCAGCAGGUUCACCAAGAACCUUUCUAACGUGGAGGGAACGGAGACGGACAGCGUGAAGAUGAUCUGCGAGGUGUCCAAGCCCAGUGCCGAAGUCACCUGGUACAAGGGCGAUGAUGAGCUGCCAGAGGGCGGGCGCUAUGACCAGGUCAUGGACGGUCGCAAGAGGAUCCUGAUCAUCCAGGAUCUGCGGUUGGAGGACGCCGGGGAGUACAACUGCAGACUGAGUCCCACCGUCAGGACGUCCGCCAUGCUGAAACUCCACGAGAUGGCAGCCGAGUUCAUCUCCCGUCCUCAGAACCAGGAGGUGGUGGAGGGCGAGAAGGUCGAGUUUGCCUGCUCUGUCUCCAAAGAAACCUUCGAAGUGAAGUGGUUUUGUGGUGACAAGGAGAUAGAAUCCGGAGACAAGUACACCAUAAUCAGUGAAGGAAAGAGAAGGGCCCUAAUUGUGAAAGACUGUGACCUGAAGGAUGAGGGAGCCUAUGUUGCCCACAUUGGUAGCAUUAAGGCUUCUGCAAGUCUGAUUGUGAUUGAAAAACUGAGAAUCAUCACACCGAUUAAAGACAGGGAGGUGAAGGAAGGAACUGAGAUUAUGUUCAACUGUGAGACAAACACAGAAGGCGCUAAAGCAAAGUGGCUGAAGAAUGAGGAGACCAUUUUCGAGAGCAGCAAGUACAUGAUGUCUCAGAGAGACACCGUCUUCUCUCUGAGAAUCAAAGAUUCCCAGAAGUCUGAUGAGGCCAACUACACCAUCAGUCUGAGCAAUCACAGAGGAGAGCAUGCCAAGUGCACUGCCACAGCUAAAGUCGCAGAGGAGAAGCUGAAAUUCCUGGAGCCCAUUGAGGACGUUGAGACUCAGGAAAAGAAGACCAUUAGCUUUGUUUGCAAGGUGAACCGACCUGAGGUCACUGUCAUGUGGAUGAAGGCCGGCCAGGAAGUGCCGCUCAGCAAACGUAUCGUCUCCAGAGCUGACGGCCUCAAACAUACCCUAACCAUCAAGGACUGCGUCAUGGACGAUGAGGGCGAGUACACUGCUGUUGUCGGAGACGACAAGUGUGCUGCUGAGUUGAUCAUCAGCGAAGCGCCGACGGACUUUGCGGGACAUCUCAAAGACCAGACCAUCACCGAGUUUGAGGACGCAGAGUUCACCUGCAAGCUAAGCAAGGAGAAGGCUUCCGUCAAGUGGUACAGGAAUGGACGUGAGAUCAGAGAAGGACCCAGAUAUCACAUGGAAAAAGAAGGCAAGACAUGCAAACUGAUCAUCAAGGUUUGCAGACCUGAUGAUGAGUCUGAAUACGCCUGUGGUGUGGACGAGAGGAGGACCAGAGCAAGACUCUUUGUUGAAGAGACCCCGGUGGAGAUCAUCAGACCGCCACAGGACCAGUUCGAACCUCCGGGCUCGGACAUCGUGUUCGAGGUGGAGCUCAACAAGGACAGAGUGGAGGUGAAGUGGAUGAGGAACAACAUGAUCAUUGUCCAGGGAGACAAGUACCAGAUGAUCAGCGAGGGUAAAGUCCACAGGCUGCAGGUCUGUGAGAUCCGACCCAGAGAUCAGGGAGAGUACAGGAUCGUGGCCAAAGACAAGGACGCCCGAGCCAAGCUGGAGCUCGCAGCCACUCCAAAGAUCAAAACCACCGACCAGAAUCUGGUGACCGACGCCGGCAAACCCUUCAUCAUGAGUGUGCCCUACGAUGCCUACCCUCGUGCAAAUGCCGAGUGGUUCUUUGAUGGCACGAGUCUACCCGUCCAGAACAUCGACACCUCCGUGGAAAAGACAGAGUACCGUCUGAAGAGCCCCAGCAAGGAGGAUCAGGGCAGGUACAAAGUGAUGAUCAAAAACAAGCAUGGGGAGGCAGAGGCGUUCAUCAACCUGGACGUGAUCGAUGUUCCUGGACCCGUCAAGAACCUGAGAGUUGUAGACACAUCUGAUGGUGAGAUCAGCUUGGCCUGGGAUGAGCCCGAGAGCGACGGUGGCAGCAAGAUUGUCGCCUACGUUGUAGAAAGACGUGAUGUAAAACGUAAGACCUGGACUCUGGCAACUGAUCGUGCCGAUACUCCAGAAUACUGUGUCAGCGGCCUCCAGAAGGACUCCAUGUACCUGUUUAGAGUCUCCGCCCACAACAGAGUUGGCAGCGGACCAUCCGUUGCCACCGAGGACGCGGUUCAGGCCAAAAACAAGUUUGAUGUUCCAGAUGCUCCAGAGAAUGUUGCAGUUGGUUCGGUGAACAAGUUCGGUGCUACUGUCACCUGGGAACCUCCCAAGUUCAACGGCGGCUCAGAGAUCACUGCUUACGUGAUCGAGCUCCGUGACAGGACAUCCGUGAAGUGGGAGGCGGCUUUGGUGUGCGGUGCCGACGACCGCUCGGCCACACUGAGCGAUGUGGUUGAGCACAAGGAGUACAUCUUCAGAGCCCGAGCUGAGAACAAGGCCGGCAUCGGCAGGCCCAGUGCGGCCACCAACCCCGUCAAGAUCAUGGAUCCCAUCGAGAGACCAAGUCCACCGCUGAACCUCAACUUCAGUGACCAAAUCAAGACAGCCGUCACUCUGACCUGGGAGACGCCCCUGAACAACGGUGGCAGCAUGAUCACGGGCUAUAUCAUCGAGAGAUGUGAGGACGGCACCGACAAGUGGCUGCGCUGCAACGCCAGACUGUGUCCUGACCUCUCUUACCGGCUGACUGGACUGAAGCCAGGUCAGAAGUACCUGUACAGGGUCUGUGCUGAGAACGCCGCCGGUGUUUCAGAUCCAGCCGAGCAGCUUGGACCACUCCUCGCUGAUGACCCCCACGUCGGUCCAACGUUGGACCUGAGCGGCUUCAGGAAAGUCCUGGAGGUGAUCGUCCCUCACCCUCUGAACAUCCGAGUUCCCAUCACCGGAUACCCAACUCCCACCCCCAAGUGGACGUUAGGGGAGAAGGAGCUGACCACCGAGGACGAGCGCGUCUCCAUGGUGACGAAGGCCGCGUACACAGAGCUGACCAUCUCGCCAAGUGUCCGUCCAGACAAAGGCGUGUACAGCCUGCACCUGGAGAACGACGUCACCUCCGUCACUGGAGAGAUUGAAGUCAAUGUCAUUGCGUGCCCGAGUGCCCCCAAGGACUUCAAGGUGGCCGAGGUGACUCGACACCACGUCCACCUGAUGUGGGAGGCACCGGAGCACGACGGAGGAAGUCCUGUCACCCACUACCAGAUCGAGAAGAGGGAGGUUUCUCGCAAGACUUGGGCCAAGGUGGCCGAUGGCAUCAUGGACCUGGAGCACACGGUGACAGAUGUGAUCGAGGGAAAAGAGUAUCUUUUCAGCGUCAUCGCCUGCAACAAGUGUGGACCCGGAGAGCCGGCGUACAUCGACGAGCCUGUGAACGUAUCUUCACCUGCCACUGUACCCGAUCCCCCUGAGAACCUGAAGUGGCGUGAUAAGAGUGGCAAUAGCAUCUUCCUUUCCUGGGAACCUCCAAAGUACGACGGAGGCUCUUACAUCAAAGGCUACGUGGUGGACAAGUGUCAGCGUGGCACUGACAAGUGGGAACCCUGUGGUGACCCCUUACCCGAGCUGAAGUUCCAGGUGACUGGACUGAUCGAGGGUCAGUGGUACGCCUACAGAGUCAGAGCUGUCAACAAGCUGGGGCCCAGCAGGCCCUGCAGGGCCACGGAUGAGAUCCAGGCUGUGGAUGCUAGAGAACCUCCAGAAAUCCAGCUGGACGUGAAGCUGCUGGCCGGUUUGACCGCCAGAGCCGGUACCAAGAUUGAGCUUCCUGCAGACAUCACUGGAAAGCCCGAUCCCCGAGUCAAGUGGACUAAAGCUGAUCUAGUCCUGAAGACGGAUGACCGCAUUGCCAUUGACACCCAGCCGGGACACUCCACGGUUUCCAUCAGCAACACCACCAGAGAUGACACUGCCACCUACAUCAUUGAGGCGGUGAAUGUGUGUGGCCGUGCCACCGCCACUAUCGAUGUCAACAUCCUCGAUAAACCGGGCCCUCCAGCUGCCUUUGACAUCUCCGAGGUCACCAACGAGUCUUGCGUCCUUGCCUGGAACCCUCCGAGAGACGACGGCGGCUCGCAUAUCACCAACUACAUCGUUGAGUGUCGUCAGACAGACAAAGAGGAGUGGGUCAAGUUAUCCGCCACGGUGAAGCACACCACCUUCAAGGCCUGCAAGCUCACUGCUCUGAAGGAGUACGUCUUCAGGAUCAGUGCUGAGAACCAGUAUGGCAUCGGCACGCCCGCUGAGCACACACCAAUCGUUGCCAAGUAUUCCUUCGAUACUCCUGGUCCCCCAACCAGAGUCACUCCCUCCGACAUCGCUAAGGAUGCAGCGACUCUGACCUGGUUUGAGCCGGAUGAGGAUGGCGGCAGUCCAAUCACUGGAUACUGGGUCGAAAAGUUUGAUCCAGAGAGCGACAAGUGGAUUAGAUGCAACAAACUGCCAAUCAAGGACACGACCUUCAGGGUAAAGGGACUCCCAACUAAGAAGAAGUACAGCUUCCGUGUUCUGGCAGAGAAUCUGGCUGGACCUGGAAAACCAAGUGUAGAGACAGAUCCAGUCCUCAUCAAAGACCCCAUUGAUCCUCCGUGGGCACCUGGCAAACCCGAUAUCAGGGAAAUUGCCAAGACAUCAGCCUUGUUGGGAUGGACGCGGCCGGAGCAUGACGGCGGGGCGAAGAUUGAAGGCUACAUAAUUGAAUUCCAGAAAACUGGAAGUGAGGAAUGGGUCAAGAUUGCAGAGGACGUACCUCAUACCGAACACCAGCUGCAGGACCUGAAGGAGAAGCAGGAGUACUCAUUUAGAGUAAAAGCCGUCAACAAGGCCGGCGAGAGCGAACCCAGUGAACCCAGCGACCCUGUCGUCUGCAAGGAGAGACUUUACCCGCCGUCUGAACCUCAGUGGCUGGAGGUGACCAACAUCAGCAAGACCACCGCCGAUCUGAAAUGGCAGCUCCCCAGCAGUGACGGAGGCUCGCCCAUCACCAACUAUGUUGUGGAGAAGAGAGACGUGAGGAGGAAGGCCUGGCAGACCAUCGACACCACUGUCAAGGAGCUGAAGUACUCCGUGACGCCUCUCAAUGAAGGCUCGCUGUAUGUUUUCCGCGUCGCUGCAGAGAAUGCCAUUGGUAUGGGUGAAUUCUGCGAGCUGGAGGAUGCCGUUCUCGCCAAGGACACAUUCACAACUCCUGGACCACCUUAUGCCCUCACAGUGGUGGAGGUGACCAAGAGACACGUGGACCUGAAAUGGGAACCUCCCAACAGUGAUGGUGGUAGACCUAUUACCAAGUAUGUGAUUGAGAAGAAAGACAAGGUUGGAACUCGUUGGCUGAAGUGCUGCAAGACUCCAGACAAGCAGCCUCAGUUCCAGGUGACGGAUGUCGAUGAAGGAUCAGAGGUGCAGUUCCAGGUCAGAGCUGAAAACGAGGCUGGAGUUGGAGAUCCAAGUGAACCCACCAUCAUCCUCACCAUCGAGGAUGCCACCAGCCCCCCAUCACCCCCUGUGGAGCUGGCGAUCGUGGAUGCCAGCAGGGAGCACAUCAACGUUACAUGGAAGCCUCCAGCCAAGGACGGCGGCAGCCCCGUGACCGGGUACCACGUUGAGGUAGCCGAGGCCCGCCCAGAGCUGAAGUGGCUCAGGGUCAACAACAGGCCCAUCAAAGAGCUCAAGUUCACAAUCGAUGAUGGAAUCAAGCCAGAGAAGAAGUACGUCAUCAGGGUUCGUGCCAUCAAUUCCAUUGGAGUCAGUGAUCCCUCCGAGGUCUCCGACAAAGUCGCCACCAAGGAUCCCGACUGUGGUCCAUCGAUGGAUUUGGAGGCACAGGACGUGGUUGUGGUUGAAGGAGAGAAGCUGCACUUGAACAUCCCAUACAAGGGUAUCCCAACACCCAAGAUGACAUGGCAGAAGGACACGGUGGAGUGCAAGUCUGAUGACAGGCUCUCCAUGACGGUGGAGAUGAACAAUGCUCACCUGGAGCUGCUGAAGAGCAAACGUGCUGAUGCCGGCGUCUACACCAUCACACUGGAAAACAGUCUGGGAACUGCCACCGGGACCAUCAAUGUCAAAGUUAUCGGCCUCCCCGGUCAGUGUAAAAACAUCACCUCUGGUGACAUCACCAAGAACUCCUGUAAGAUGAGCUGGGAGGCUCCAGAAGACGAUGGCGGCACACCCAUCAUCAGCUACACACUGGAACGCCGUGAGGCCUCCAAGAAAACCUACAUACCUGUCAUGUCAGGAGAGGAUGUCCUGACCUACACCGUCAAAGAUCUUUACAUCAACUGCGAGUACUUCUUCAGGGUGAAAGCCGUCAACAAAGUUGGAGCUGGAGAAUAUCUGGUGCUACAAAGCCCUGUCAUCAUAGAGGAUAUCAAACAGAAACCAGACCCGCCUAUCCAGGUUGAGGCUCAUGACCCCACCUGCAAGUCCAUCAAAGUCACCUGGAAGGCUCCAGACUACGAUGGGGGCUGUCCCAUCCAGGGUUACAUCGUGGAGAAGAUGGAGAAGGAUGGUGACCGCUACGAAAGAGUCACCCCAAGCCUGGUUCCUGGGUUCUCCUUCGUGGUGACGGACCUGAAGGAAGAUGCGGAGUAUCAGUUCAGGGUCCGAGCCGAGAACGCUGCUGGAGUCAGCGAGCCAUCACGCAGCACUCCCCUUACAAAGGCUGCAGAUGCUGUUGAAAAACCCAAAGUCAGCCUUCAUGCUCGUGUCCAGUCGGGUGUUUGCAUUAAGAAGGGAGAGGAGAUCCGCAUUGAUGCCUACAUUUCUGGCUCUCCGUAUCCUAAAGUCACCUGGCUGAGGGAUGAGGAGGAUGUCACCAAAGAGCCCACAAAAAAGAUUGUUCCUGUGGUGAAGAAAAAGAAGUCUAAGGCCAAGGUGUGUGUCCCAGAACCAGAGGUGGAGUUUAUUACUCCAAUGCAUGAGCGUCUUGGUAUGGAUCAGACCAAAAGAGGCCAGACUGCAUUGAUGAUCCGUGACUCCAUUAGAUUAGAUCAUGGAACCUUCACCAUCAAGGUGGAGAACACUCAUGGUGUUGCCACCGCCUCCUGCAAUGUCAACGUCCUGGACAAACCCGGCCCUCCCAUCAACUUUACUUUUGAUGAGAUCAGGAACACCUCAGUCGUCUGUAACUGGGAGCCACCCGAGGACGAUGGCGGUAGCGAGAUCCUGAACUAUAUCCUGGAGAAGAAGGACAACAAGAAUGAUGAAAUUGGCUGGAUCACCAUCACCUCCACAAUCAAGGGCACCAGCUUCCCUGUCACCAAACUCAUCGAAGGGAAGGAGUACAUCUUCAAAAUCACCGCUGAGAACAAAUAUGGCUGUGGCCCUGCAUGCUUCUCAGAGCCGCUGGUUGCCAAGAACCAAUUCAAUCCCCCCGAUGCUCCAAACACUCCCAGAGUCCAUGAGGUGACAGCAAGCACCACCAAAAUCUCCUGGCAUGAGCCAAAGGACAACGGCAGUCCGAUCCUUGGCUACUGGAUCGAGAGGAAGGAGGUGAACAGCAAACACUGGACCCGAGUCAACCGGGCCCUCCUCAACUCUCUGGAUGUAAAGGUCACCGGGUUGAUGGAAGGACUCAUCUACAUCUUCAGAGUAUGCGCCGAGAACUUGGCUGGCCCAGGGCCCUUCAGUGAGCCCACCGACCGCAUCGUUGCCAUGGAUGCCAUCCUUCCUCCUGGCCCCCCCACUCCACGGGUUGUGGACACCGGGAAGGAGUCUGUCAUCUUGGCCUGGAAGCCCCCACUCUACAACGGUGGAGGAGACAUUCUGGGAUACCAUGUGGAGAAGGUUUUGGCUGGAGAGAAGGAGUGGAGCCGCUGCACAGAGUUCAGGUGUAAAGAGCUCACGUACACUGCCACGGGCCUCACCGAGGGAGCGGACUACUAUUUCCGUAUUAUUGCGGUCAACGACGCAGGUCCUGGAGCUCCUGGUGUUACAGAACCUGUAACAGUCAAAGAGCCUGAAGAAACUCCUGUUGUGACAUUUGAUGACUCCGUAAGAAACGGCGUCAUGAUCAAAGCCGGCGAAUCGCUGAAGCUUCCUGCAGUGGUUACUGGUCGUCCCCAGCCAGAGGUCAAAUGGGCCAAAGAUGAGGCUGAAACUGACAAGGAGAGGAUGAUUGUGGAGACCGUAGGCAAGAACAGCACUCUGUUCAUCAAGAAAGCCGUGAGAGCAGAUCACGGAAAGUACCAGAUUACCGGCACCAACAGCAGUGGAUCCAAGACAGCAGAGACCAAAGUGGACGUGAUGGAUGUCCCCGGACCGGUGGUCGAUCUGAAGGCGGUCACAGUGACCAAGAAGAACGUCGUCCUCACGUGGGCAGAUCCCUUGGAUAACGGUGGUAGUGACAUCAUUGGCUACGAGGUGCUGAGGAAGGAUGCCAAGAUGAAGCUUUUCCGACAGCCCAUGGAGACGGCAGCUUGCAAGUGCGACGUCCAAGGCUUGCUGAAUGGGGAAGAGUAUGACUUCAGGGUCAUUGCCAGAAACAAGUACGGCGAAGGAGCUCCAGCAGACCUGGGACCCAUCUUAGCUGAAGAUCCCAAAGGUACUCCAUCUGCCCCUGAGAAACUGCACUACACUGACAGAAGCAAGACCACCAUCACUCUGGCCUGGCUGCCACCUCGCACUGAUGGCGGCAGCCCCAUCAGAGGAUACUAUGUGGAGAAGAUGAGGGCCGACGGGACAGAGUUUGACGUGGCCAACCGCAAGAUCUUCACAGAGUGCUGUGGAACUGUUGAGAACCUCUCUGAGAACCAGGAGUACCAGUUCCGCGUCAAGGCCGUGAAUGAGGUUGGCGAUGGAGACCCAUCCAAACCAAUCACAGUCAAGAUCAUGGAUGAUGAAAUUGCUCCAGUUAUUACAAUCUUGAAGUUCUUCAAAAGCAAUACUAUCAUCGUGAAGAAAGGAGAAGCCAUCGACAUCCCGGCAGAGGUUCAUGCACUUCCUCUGCCGACACUCCAGUGGAUGAAGGACGACGUUGUGAUAGAGCAGCCUGACGGGGAGAAGAUGACAAUGGAGACAGAGGAGGUGAACCGGACAACCUUGAAAACAACGAUUGCUAUCCCAGAAACCAUCAGACAGGACAAAGGAAACUACAACCUGGUAGCUGAAAACUGUUAUGGCAAAGCGCAGCAUGUCAUCAGAGUGGAAGUCCUUGACCGUCCUCUUCCUCCAAGAAACAUUGUAGUUUCGGACAUCAAGGCGGAAUCAUGCUACCUGACGUGGGACGCCCCAGAGGACAACGGCGGCAGUGAGAUCACCAACUAUAUUGUGGAGCGCAGAGAUGCGAGCAAGAAAAAGUCUGAUUUCGAGCCUCUGACCAUCAACCUCAUCGACAGAAGAUAUGGGGUCUACAAAAUGAAUUUGAACGGUACCUACCAGUUCAGGAUCAAAGCCGAAAACAAGUACGGCGUCAGUGACGGCUGUGACUCGGAGAAGGUUCAGCUCAGAGAUCCGUACGGUCUCCCUGGACCUCCACGUAACCCCAAAAUCAUAGCCGCCACUGAGACCACCAUGACCAUCACCUGGAAUCCCCCUCUGGACAACGGCGGCUCCACCAUCCAGGGCUACUGGCUGGAAAAGAGGGAGCGUGGUGCCGUGUACUGGGGUCGCUGCAACCGAAGUCCAGUCACCAGACCAGCGGUGAAGGGCCUGGAGUACACCGUACUGAAGCUCAUCGAGGGAACGGAGUAUCAGUUCAGGGUGGCAGCGUCCAACGCUGCAGGAAUUGGACCUUUCAGCGAGGCCACCGAGUGCCGCUUCGCCAUGGAUCCGUGCAACCCCCCCACCGCACCAGGAAUCCCAGAAGUUAAAGACAAGACCAAGGACAGCGUCACACUCUCCUGGAGCCCUCCGGAAAAAGAUGGUGGCAGUCCAAUUAAAGGAUACAUCAUUGAGGUUCAUGAAGAGGGCUCUCCUGAUUGGAGGAGGGUCAACCCCGCCGACAAACUCCACCCAUCCACGGAAAUCACCGUCCCUGACCUGAAGGAGGGAAAGAAAUGCAAGUUCAGGGUCUAUGCAGUGAACGCCGCGGGCAAAUCAGAACCCGCCAAGUCGGGCGACAUCCUGGUUCAGGACAUUCUGAUUGAACCCACUGUGAGUCUGGACGUGAGUGCUCACGACCUGCUGAACUGCAGAGCGGGAACCCCCGUCAAGAUUCCUGCCACCAUCACUGGACGUCCCAUUCCCAAAGUGAGCUGGACCUUCGUGGACGGAACUGCCGAGACCGAGAAGAAGAACGAUCUUCACACGCUGCCCGUUGACUCUGAGGUCCACUCCACUGACACAACGUCAGUUAUUGUGAUCCCGGACAGCAAAUUGAGCCACAGCGGCCGGUACAUCAUCAGUGCAGAGAGCCCUGCUGGACACAAGGUGGUCAAAGUCAGAGUCACCGUCCUCGAUCUGCCUGGACCUCCUAGAAACCUGAAGGUGACUGAUGUGACAAGAGGAACAUGCAGACUCUCCUGGAAGCCUCCAGCAUGUGAUGGAGGAGAGAGGGUGAAGAGCUACUUCAUUGAGAAGAAGACAGUAGAGGGCAAGGCCUGGACCAAGGUAAACCCGGCCUGUGCUGCUCAGUCCCUGGUGAUUCCAGACUUGAUUGAAGGUCAGGAAUACCUGUUCCGUAUCCGUGCUGAGAACCGCUUUGGAUUCAGCCCUAUGGUCGAGACCAUCGAAAGGACAAAAGCCAAAGAUCCCAUUCAUCCUCCCGAUCCUCCAACGAGGCUGAAGAUCCAAAACAUCAGGAAAGGCACGGUGACUUUGACCUGGAAGGCUCCAAAGAACGAUGGCGGUUCACCCGUCACCCACUACAGCGUUGAUCUGCUCUGCUGGGAUUCCAGUGGCGCCCAGAAGGAGUCCUGGAGGAGGUGUAACAGGAGAGAUGUGGACGACACCACCUUCAAAGUGGAGGACCUUACAGAAGGAGACGAGUAUGAAUUCAGAGUGACAGCGUACAACGAGGCUGGAGCCAGUCGGCCUUCAACCACUGCUGGACCCAUCCUCCUCCAGGACCAGACCUGUGCUCCAGCCAUCGAGUUGAAGGAGUUCAUGGAGGUUGAGCAGCGCUCUGACAUCAGCAUCGUGGCAAAGAUCCGCGGGUGUCCAUUCCCCACGCUCACCUGGUACAAGGCCCCACCCCACAAACCUGACAACAGAGUGGAGGUUCAGUAUGACGAGCACAUCAACAAGAUUGUGUCAGACGACAGCUGCACGCUGCUCAUUCAGCAGGGCAAACGGUCCGACACGGGACUGUACACGCUGGUGGCUUCCAACAGCCUCGGCAAAGCCUCCAAGGAAAUGAGGCUCAACGUGCUCGGCCGUCCUGGUGCUCCCUCUGCUCCCAUUAAGUUUGAGGAAAUUGGAUCUGACCAGAUUACAAUCUCCUGGCUGCCACCAAAGGACGACGGAGGCUCCAAAAUCACAAACUACGUCAUCUGGAGGCGGGUGGCGAACCGGAACACCUGGGUACCUGUUACCAAUGAGCCCAAAGAGCGGAUCUGGACGGUGGAGAAACUCAUGGAGGGACACGAAUAUGUGUUCAGAAUCAUGGCACAAAACAAGUACGGCGUCGGAGACCCUCUGGACAGUGAGCCAGAGGUCGCCCGAAACCGUUUCACUGUCCCCGGUCAGGUUGAGAAGCCAACUGUGUCUAACAUCACCCUGGACUCCAUGACAGUCAACUGGGAGGAGCCUGAGGACGAUGGCGGCUCCAUGAUCACCGGCUACUGGCUGGAGCGCAAGGAGACCACUGGCAAACGCUGGACCCGUGUAUCCCGCGACCCCAUCCGCCCCAUGGGCCUGGGAGAGUCUUAUGUGGUGACCGGACUUAUUGAGGGAUCGCAGUACUUAUUCAGAGUGACUGCCGUCAAUGCUGCAGGGCCUGGGCUUGCCAGCCCCCCAACGGACCCUGUUUUUGCCAGAGAUCCCAUCUCUCCACCCUCCCCUCCAACCCCGAAGGUUUCUGAUUGGUCGUCUUCCACGGUGGAUCUAGAGUGGAUCCCACCUCUGAAGGAAGGAGGUUCCAAGGUCAUCGGCUAUUGGGUGGAAUACAAGGAGGAGGGCACUGAGGCCUGGGUCAAGGCUAAGGAGACUGAAAUCCGAGGCACUCGGUUUGUUAUUACUGGACUGAAGAAAGGUGGUCAGUACAGGUUCAGGGUCAUUGCCUUCAAUGCUGCUGGUAACAGUGAGCCAGGUGAAGUUCCAGAGGUGCUCGAGGUCAACGACAGAACCAUUGCUCCUGAGCUCGACCUGGAUGCUUCAGUCAAGGAGAGGAUGGUGGUCCAUGCUGGUGGUGUUAUCCGCAUCAUUGCCUAUGUGGCAGGCAGGCCGUCACCUAAUAUCACUUGGAGCAGAGAUGGAGGUGCUUUACCUCCAGAGGCCAAAGUGGAGACCACAGCCAUCAGCUCUUCACUCGUCAUCAAACCCUGCACCAGGAGACACGUCGGUGUGUACACUCUAAACGCCAAGAAUACUGCAGGGGAAAAGACAAAGAAUAUCACAGUGGAGGUUCUAGACGUCCCUGGACCUGUAGGCCUCCCCUUCGUUGCUGAGAACCUGACCAUAGACUCCUGCAAGCUCAACUGGUUCUUCCCUGAGAACGAUGGCGGCUCUCCCAUCAGCAACUACCUUGUUGAAAAACGCGAGGCUGAGCGCAAAGCCUGGACUUCAGUGUCCUUCACAGCAAGCAGACAGAACGCCAUAGCUCAAGGUCUCACCACUGGAAAGGCCUACUUCUUCAGGGUGGCUGCAGAAAACGCCAUCGGCAUGGGACCCUUCAGGGAGACUUCAUCUGAGGUUAUCGUCAAAGAACCAAUGAGUGCGCCGGACCGUCCCGAGGAGCUUGAGAUCACCAAAGUUACCAGGGAUUUGAUCAGUGUCACCUGGAAACCGCCAAAAUACGAUGGAGGCUCUGACAUCACCAUGUACAUCCUGGAGGCUCGUAUGAUCGGAAAAGACAAAUUCACCAGAGUAACGAAGGAGAGGCUGAUGGACAUGAAGUUCACCUACGACGGCCUUAGGGAGGGUGAAACCUAUGAGUUCAGGGUCAUUGCUGUCAAUGAAGUCGGACCUGGUAAACCAUCGUUCUGCAGCAAACCAGUUACCUGCAAGGAUGAACUGGAGCCACCAACCAUUGAGUUAGACUUCCGUGAUAAGAUCAUCAUCCGUGUGGGCGAGAGCUGUCUGCUGCAGGGCCGCUACACUGGCAAACCCGCUCCUUCCAUCAUCUGGCACAGAGACGAUGAGGAGCUUAAAGCCAACAAACACAUCAUGUUCAAGAACACGCUCACCACCAUGUCACUGGGCCUGAUGAAGGCCGAGCGUGAGCACAGCGGCAGAUAUGUGGUAGUUGUCGAGAACAGCACCGGAUCCAGGAAGGGAGUCUGCAACAUCACAGUUGUCGAUCGUCCAACCCCUCCUGUUGGCCCAGUGGUGUUUGAGGAGGUGCACAGAGAGUUCAUGGUAAUUUCCUGGAAACCUCCUCUGGACAGCGGAGGCGUUGACGUCUCCAACUACAUCAUUGAGAAGAGAGAUGUCAACAGAGACCUCUGGACUACAGUAACAUCUGCCACAACCAAGACCACAUGCAAGAUUCCCAAGCUGACAGAAGGCAGGGAAUACGUCAUGAGAAUCUUUGCUGAGAACAUGUACGGCAUCAGCGAUCCUCUGGAGUCCGAGGAGAUGAGAGCUAAAGAUCGCUUCAGAGUCCCUGAAGCCCCUGACAUGCCGACGGUCAGAGAGGUGUACGCCACCAACGCCGUUGUGCUGUGGAACCGGCCUCGUGAUGGCGGGAAGCCCAUCCACAACUACAUCCUGGAGAAAAGGGAAGUUGGAGCCAAGAGGUGGUCCAGGGUCACCAGAGAAACGCUGUACCCAGCCACUCAGUACCAAGUCCAGGACUUGGUGGAAGGCUGUCAGUAUGAAUUCAGGGUGACGGCUGAGAAUGAGUUGGGUACCGGAGAUCCCAGCGUUCCUUCCAAACCUAUCCUUGCCAAGGAUCCUGUCGUGUGCCCCAGCCCUCCAGUGACCCCCGAGGCCUACGAUAAGACCAAGGACACUGUGAGUCUGAAGUGGAAGAUGCCCCGUCACGAUGGCAAAGGACGAAUCUUAGGCUACCUGGUGGAGUACCAGAAGCCUGGUUCUGUAGAGUGGAGUCCGGCCAACGAGAAGCCAGAGCAGUGCCCUGACCUCCACUAUGUGGUGACAGGCCUGGCCGAUGGACAGGAGUACACCUUCAGGAUCUUCACAGUCAAUGCCGCGGGAAAAUCUGACCCCUCCUACGUCAAAGAGAACAUCAAAGUCCACGAUAGACUGGAGGAGCCAGAGUUACUCCUGGAUGCCAACAUGGCACGUGACCACUUGGCUAUGCUGGGUACUGAUAUCACCCUAAGCGCCACCAUUAAGGGUAUACCAACCCCAACAGUCAGCUGGAAGAUGAACGAUGGAGACGUUCCUUCUCACAUCACUGUCGCUGUUACUGCCACUGGCAGUAAAGUCUUCAUCCCCAAGUGUGUCCGGGCAGACUCUGCCAACUACACUAUUACAGUGGAGAACGCAGCGGGGAAAAAAUCGGCAACCGUCGCUGUACUUGUGCUGAACAAGCCCUCUCCUCCAAGAGACUUGGUGAUAUCUGAGGUGACCAGUGAGUCUGCUUACCUGACAUGGAAGGCUCCAGAGGACAACGGUGGUGCUGUCAUCUCCCAUUAUGUCGUACAAAAGAAAGAUGUGGCCUCAGACCAGUGGGUGCCAGUUGCUGCAGCCAAUAAAAAACUCAGCCUUAUGGCUAUGUACCUGAUGGAAGGAAUCCAGUACCAGUUCAGGGUGGCUGCUGAGAACCAGUUUGGCAGGAGUGACUUUGUUAUGACAAUGUCACCCAUCAAAGCUCUCGAUCCUCUCUAUCCUCCCGGCCCACCUAAGAACCUGCACCACACUGAUGCAGAAAAAACAGAGGUGUGGUUGGCCUGGGAAUGGCCAGAUCGCACUGGUGGAAGUGAAAUUACUGGUUUCAUUGUGGAGCACCAGGCAGAGGGUCAGACUGACUGGGUCACCUUCAAGACAGUGAGCAACAACCAUUCCCAUGUCACAGGCCUGGAAGAGGGCAAGACUUACCGUUUCAGGGUCAAGGCUCAGAACGCCAUCGGUAUAAGCCGUCCAGACACCAGUGUCCCAGUCACUUGUCAGGAGAAGACACUGCCCCCUACAAUUGAAGUUGAUGUCAAGCUUAUCGAAGGCCUCGUUGUAAAAGCCGGCAGUCCUAUUACUUUACCGGCUAAGAUGACAGGCAUCCCCCUUCCCACUGCCAAAUGGAUGAGUGAUGGAAAGGAGAUCACAUCUGAGGAUCGACAUGUCAUUGAGUCUGUUGGAUCCUCAACUACCCUCAGUAUUCCUAAGUCCCAGAGAGGAGAUACCGGAGAGUAUGUCCUCACUGUGUCCAAUCCUGCUGGCAGUAAGACAGUGGCCCUUCAUGUCACUGUAUUGGAUGUGCCAGGCCCACCCAUCGGACCCGUUAAUAUCUUGGAGGUCACCCCUGAUUUCAUGAUGAUUCAGUGGAGGGCACCCAAAGAUGAUGGUGGCACACCUAUCGCCAACUACAUUGUAGAAAAGAAGGAUGUGAAGAAGCCUUGGGAGCCCUGGUCUGUUGUUAGCUCCAGUGGCACCAGUACCAAAGCCAAAGUCUCAAGGCUGGAGAAGGGUCGUGAAUACAUUGUCCGUGUCCGUGCAGAGAACAAGAUUGGCAUUGGAGCUGGGCUUGAGAGUCCUCCUACUAUUGCCAAGCAUAUGUUCAACCCUCCUGGUCCUCCAGGCCCACCCGAGUGCUCUGAUGUCACAGAAAAUGCUGUUACAGUUUCAUGGAGCCUGCCUGAAUAUGAUGGAGGUAGCCCCAUCAGCGGCUAUAUUGUUGAACGCAGAGAAAUGACAGGAAAGUGGAUUCGUGUCAACAAAACUCCUGUGCUGGACUUAAGAUACAGAGUCUCUGGUCUGUUUGAAGGCAACACCUACGAGUUCAGAGUGUUUGCUGAGAACAUUGCUGGCAUCAGCGGGCCUUCUCUCACUUCUGAUCCCGUUAAGGCCACUCGUGCCAUCACUAAACCUGGACCCCCUGGUAAUCCUAAACUGAAGGACUGGAGCAAGGCCUAUGCUGACAUCUGCUGGACAAAGCCUACAAGAGACGGAGGCAGUCCCAUUCUGGGCUACGUAGUUGAGGCACAGAAGUCAGGAUCUGCCCAGUGGGACAGAAUCAAUAAGGACCUUAUCAAGAUCUGUGCCUACAGAGUGCCAGGUCUCAUUGAAGGUUUGGAGUACAAAAUACGCAUCAGAGCCACCAACAAGGUUGGAGACAGUGAGCCAAAGGAUCUGCCUCAGACUAUCGUGGCAAAGGACAUCCUGGUGCCCCCUGAAGUCGUUGUCGACAUCUCCUGCCGUGACUCUCUGACAGUCAGGGCAGGUCAAAUCAUCAGUUUGAUUUCUAAAGUGAAAGGCAGACCAGAUCCAGAGAUCACAUGGACCAAGGAUGCCAGAGCCAUAUCUCGGGACAAACGCACAGAUAUGAAGAACAACUACCCUCACUGUGAACUGGUCAUCAAUGAUUCUGUCAGGUCAGACUAUGGAAAAUAUGCCAUUGUUGCCAAAAAUAGCAGUGGACAGGCACAGGCCACCAUUAUUGUGAAUGUUCUGGACACACCAGGACCUUGCCAGAAUUUGAAAGUAGCUUAUGUGACCAAGAAAUCAUGCAUGGUGUCCUGGGAGAACCCUGAAGACAAUGGAGGCACUGAGAUCACUCAGUACAUUAUUGAGUGCCGUCAGCCAAGCCAAAGAGGAUGGACAGUGGUUUCCAGCGACUGGACAAAGCGUCUGAUAAAGGCUCCUCUAACUGAGGGCUGUGAGUAUUUCUUCCGUGUCAGUGCAGAGAACAAGAUAGGUGUCGGUCCGACAACUGAGACCAAGACACCUAUUCUGGCAGUUGAUCCCAUUGACAAACCUGGUGAACCCAUUGACUUCCAUAUAUCUGAAAUUGGCAAGACCUUCUGCUUCCUUAAGUGGAAGAAACCAGAUCAUGAUGGUGGCAGCCGUAACCUGGGAUACCAUGUGGAAAAGAAACCAAAAGAGGCCGAAGAAUGGGAGAGGCUUCACAAAGGUGCCAUCAAGGAGACAUAUUUCAUGGCUGACAGGUGUAUAGAAAAUCAAAUCUACCAGUUCAGGGUUCAGACUAAGAAUGAGGGAGGUGAGAGUGACUGGGUGACCACAGGGGAAAUUUUAGUUAAGGAACAGCUUGUGGAGCCUGAGGUCAAGAUUAAACUGGAUGCAACGCUUGUGGUGAAGGCAGGAGACUCUAUUGCCAUCGAAGCAACAGUGAAGGGCAAACCCCAGCCUGAUGUCAAAUGGACCAAGGAUGAGAGCAAAGAUGAGAUCAGGAAGGGCCCCAAGCUUCAAAUUGAAACUGGUUCAGACUUCUCUAAGCUGUUGAUUACUGGAUCCAAACGCACUGACAGUGGCAAAUAUGUAGUUACUGCCACCAACAGUGCAGGAACGUGCUCUGGCAGCGCUGCAGUCAAUGUACUGGAUAGACCUGGUCCCAUCAGGAAUCUCAAAGUGUCAGGUAUCACGAUUGACAGGUGCCAACUAGCCUGGGAGGUCCCAGAAGAUGACGGUGGCUGUGACAUCUACAAUUACAUUAUUGAAAAGUGUGAAACUAAGAGGGGAGUUUGGUCUGUCCACUCCAAUGCUGUGAUCACUACCAAAGCAAAUGUAACCCGUCUUAUUGAGGGUAACGAGUACAUCUUCAGAGUUCGAGCUGAGAAUAAAAUGGGUCCUGGACCCGCCGUUCAGAGUGAGGCCAUUGUCGCGGGCACCCAGUUCAAUGUUCCUGAUGCCCCUGAAACACCAGAUGUAACAAAGAUUGGCAAAGAGGAGAUGACUGUGGAAUGGUCAGAGCCAGGCAAAGAUGGUGGAAAGCCAAUCCAAGGAUAUCUGUUGGAGAAGAGAGAAGAGCAUGCCGUUAGGUGGUCUCCUGUCAAUAAGGAUCCAAUCCCUAAAACUCAUUUCACAGUUACUGGACUAUUGCCUCUCCAUGAUUACCAAUACAGAGUUAAGGCCGUGAAUGAAAUUGGGGUUGGCAAUCCAAGCAAGGCUUCUCGUGCCAUCACUGCAAAGGAUACAGUUGAACCUCCUGCACCACCUACCAACCUGAAGGUUGCAGACAGCACUAAAUCCUCAGUGACCCUGAGCUGGACCAAGUCUGCAUAUGAUGGUGGUGCUCCACUUAUUGGAUAUGUGGUGGAGAUGAAGAUACUGGGAGCUGCCAAGAAAGGAGACGAAGGGUGGAAGAGAUGCAAUGUGGCAGCUCAGCUUGUUGUGUGCGAGUUCACAGUCUCAAGUCUCGAUGAGAAUCUUACUUAUGAAUUCAGAGUGUCGGCUCAAAACCAGGUAGGCAUGAGCCUGCCCUGUAACCUGGAAGGUGCUGUGAUUCCAAGAGAAAUUCUAGAGGCACCAGAAAUUGACUUGGAUGCUAAUCUGAAGCAGGGACUGACAGUCAGAGCAGGCUGUCCCAUCAGGCUUUGUGCCACCAUCAGAGGCAGACCACCUCCCAAGGUCAUUUGGAGGAGGAUGGGUGUUGACAAUGUGGUCAGGAAGGGUAAAGUUGACAUCAUCGACACCAUGACCUUCUUGAUCAUUCCUGACAGCACCCGCAACGACUCUGGCAAAUACUGCCUGACCGUGCAGAGCCCUGCUGGAGAGAAAGCCGUGUUUGUCAAUGUUCAGGUUCUAGACACUCCUGGGCCUGUAAUGAAUCUUGAAGCCACAGACAUCAAACAGACAUCUGUCGUGCUCGCCUGGAAUCCUCCAGAGGUCAAUGGUGGAAGGGAGGUUACACACUACAUAGUUGAAAAACGUGAGAUUGACCGCAAGACAUGGGCAACCGUCAAAGCAGAAGUUCUGCCUGAUAAGAUCCCCUUCAAAGUCAGUGGUUUGAGCUCUGGCAGCGAAUAUUACUUCAGAAUCACAGCUGUCAAUGAGUAUGGCUCUGGAGUUCCAAAAGUGACACCUACUUCUUACAUGGCCUCUGAUCCUGUCAGCAAGCCGGAUCCUUGUCAGAAGAUCGAAAUCCUGGAGAUAACCAAGAACAAUGCAACGGUCGGCUGGGUGAAGCCUGAAAGAGAUGGUGGUGCCAAGAUUGAUGGUUAUGUAAUUGAAUACAUUGAAGUCAAACCUCCUCCAGAGCCGCCAGCACCUGUAGAGGUUCCUGAAGGAGAGGUAGCUCCUCCACCUCCUCCACCACCUCAAGUAGAUGAGGAAGAAGAGGAACCUGAAAAGGAAUUGUGGAACACUUACACCACAGUUAAAGGUCUAUCAAUCAGUAUCAGUGGCCUGAAGGAAGGAAAGAGAUACAAGUUCAGAGUGGCUGCAAAGAACAUUAUGGGCCUAAGCUUGUUCACCGAGACCAGGCACCCAAUUGAGAUCAAAGAACAGAUGGUGGAGCCAAAGAUCGUUAUGCCAGACACAGCAGGUGCUAGAGCUGGAGCCAAGCUCAGAGUGGAAGCCCUGGUUUCAGGAAAACCUGUCCCAACUUGCAAGUGGAUGCGCGGUGAUAAACCAGUAGUCCCAUCCAGCCGUCUGGCUGUGCACCAAUCUGCCAACCUGUGUGUCCUGAUCAUCAAAGAUGUGUCGAGGAAUGACAGUGGAGAGUAUAGUCUUGUUGCUGAGAACGUCUCUGGAACGGUGUCCGAGUCCUUGAAGAUUGUCAUCAGAGAUAUCCCUGGUCCUCCCGAAGGCCCUGUGGUGAUCAGUGACAUUGACUCUGAUGCCUGCUCCCUUUCCUGGAACAAACCACUGGAGGACGGAGGCAGCAACAUCACUAACUAUGUGGUAGAGAAAUGUGAUGUGAGUAGGGGCGACUGGGUAACAGCCGUCAAUUCCUGCUCAAAGACUGGUUGCAGGUUGGGAAAACUUAUCCCUGGAAAGGAGUACGGGUUCCGCAUCCGUGCAGAGAACCGCUACGGUGUGUCAGAUCCCACUCAGUCUGACAGGAUGGUUGCCAAGUUCCCCUUUGAUGUUCCUAGUGAGCCCCUCAACUGUCGCAUCAACAAGACCAACAAGGACUGUAUGUUUGUUGCCUGGGAUAAACCCGAGAGCGAUGGUGGUAGUCCCAUCACAGGUUACUACAUUGAGCGAAAGGAGAGGAACAGCCUUCUGUGGGUGAAGGCCAAUGACACUGUCGUCCGUAACACUGAGUACCCAUGUGCUGGCCUCAUUGAGGGCUUGGAAUACACCUUCCGAGUGUCCGCGUUCAACCGUGCCGGCCAGGGCAAACCAAGCAAGAAGACUGACUUUGUUACUGCCAGAACACCUGUUGAUACUCCAGGUAAGCCUGAGGUCUUGGAUAUGACCAAGAACUCUGUCACUUUGGUAUGGGCUCGUCCUAAGAAUGAUGGUGGUAGCAAGAUCAUCGGCUACUAUGUUGAGGUCAUGCGGGUGCCAGGAGACACCUGGUUACGCUGCAACACCAGCAGUCAAAAUGUGCCACAUGAGGAGUAUACGGUGACUGGCCUGGAGAGAGACCUUCAGUACCAGUUCAGAGUUACUGCUAAAACGGCUGUCAACAUGAGCAAACCCUCAGAGCCGUCAGACCCAAUUCUGGUCUGCGCUGAGAAUGUUCCUCCAAGGAUUGAGCUUAAUGCUAGAUUGCAGAAAGGCUUGACAGUCAAGGCUGGAUCAACAGUCCUUUUGGAGGCUGACGUGUUCGGUAAACCCAUGCCCAGAGUCACAUGGAAGAGAGGUGAUGAUAACCUGAAGUCAGGUGAAGGCCAGGUCGUCACCCAUCAGAGGCACCACUUCCAGUUAGAGAUGGCAGCUGUCACCAAGACACAUACAGGAACCUACACAUUGCUGGCUGAGAAUGCCAGUGGGUCCAAGACUGUAGAGAUCCAGGUCAACGUUCUAGAUGUGCCUGGCCCUCCUGCCAGUUGCAAAUAUGUUGAGGUGCUUGCUAGCAGUAUCAAACUGUCUUGGGAGCCACCUCUGAAAGAUGGCGGUGGCGCCAUUAGCAACUACAUCUUGGACAAGCGGGAGACCAGCAGGGCGAACUGGGCCCAGGUUUAUAGCAAAAUCAAGGGUGACGUCCUCGAGUUCAACGUGGAGAAGUUAAUUGAGGGACACGAGUACCAGUUCCGAAUCCGUGCUGAGAACACAUGGGGAGUUGGAGACCCUCUUAUCACCAGUCCAGUUGUCGCCAAGAACCCAUUCACUGUUCCUGGAGCUUGUGAGGCCCCAGUGAUUACCAAUGUGGCCAAAGACCGUAUGACUGUAAGCUGGAAGGAGCCUGCAGAUGAUGGAAAAUCUACCAUCUUGGGCUACGUUCUGGAAAAGAAAGAAACCAAGCAGAUGAAUUGGACCAAGCUGAACAGGAAGCCUAUGACAGAAAGGUCACUGGAGGUAAUAGGCCUAACAGAGGGAGUCGAGUAUGAGUUCAGAGUCAUUGCUGUCAACAUGGGUGGACUUGGCAAACCCAGCGAACCAUCUGCCAGCACCACUGCACAGACCCCCAUUACUCCUCCUGGACCAGUUUUGAACCCAAGUGUGACUGAUACUACCCACAGCACUAUCAGUCUCAGCUGGACGCCCCCUGCUAACAAUGGUGGAAGCCCGAUUAUUGGGUACUUGGUGGAAUGCAAGAGGGCCAACACGGCUGACUGGAUCCGAUGCAACGUCCCCAGAAACCUGCAGGAGACAAACUACAUAAUCCAGAACCUCAUUGACAAGUCAGAUUAUCAGUGUCGCAUCACUGCUGUCAACAAAGUUGGCUUCGGCGAACCAGCCGAAGUACCAGGCACACAUGUUGCCAAGGAUAUAGUUGUGCCUCCUGAGGCAGAGUUAAGUGCAGAACUGAAGGAAGUCCUGGAGCUACAAGCUGGUGCUACCAUGAGGCUACACGCCACUAUCAAGGGUCGUCCCAAUCCCAGAAUCAUCUGGGCAAAGAUGAACACCAACAUUAAAGAACGUCAGGGCAUUAUCAUCAAAUCCAGCAACGUAGACACUAUGGUGAUGGUGGAGAAAGUGAACAGAUAUGAUGCUGGGAAAUAUAUUUUGAGCCUAGAGAGUUCAGCUGGCAUGAAGAUGUAUACAAUCGUUGUCAAAGUUUUUGACACUCCUGGACCACCAGUAAACCUGAUGGUGAAAGAGUCAACCAAGGACAGUGCUUCCAUCUUCUGGGAUGUUCCUCUGAUUGAUGGUGGACAUGAAGUCACCCACUACAUAGUGGAAAAGCGUGACACUGAGAGAAAAGCAUGGUCUAUCGUCAAAAAAGACUGCAACAAGACAUUCUUCCAGAUCCCAGACCUGGAUGCUGGUCGCUCUUACUGCUUCAGAGUGUCAGCAGUUAACAAGCUUGGUGCUGGAGAAACUUGCGAGACAGCUGAUGCAGUUAGAGCAACAGAGGAACCUGGUCCUGUCAUGGACUUCAAGACCCUACUGGUGACUAAGGACUCUUGCACUCUCAGCUGGAAGAAACCUCUCUCGGAUGGUGGCAGUCGCAUCAUCUGUUAUGUCCUAGAGGUUCUCAAUGGUGAAGACAAAUACAAGGAGCUGAUGAGAUCCAAGAACAUGCAAUAUAGUGCCAAAGACCUGGUGGAGGGUAGAGAGUACAACUACCAGGUCAAAGCUGUGAAUGACACAGGAGAGAGUGCUCCCAAAGAGUUGAAAGUGGUCGCGAAGGACCAAAACAUUCCUCCAGGCUGUGACUUAAGAGAGUUGCCAAACCUGUGCUACAUUGCCAAGGAGGGCAGCACCGUUCGUCUAAAGAUCCCCACCAUUGGCAAACCUACACCAAAGGUGUCCUGGAAGAAGGGAGAUGAUGAAGACCUGACAGACACCGGCCGGGUAUCUGCCGAGUCAUCUGCAGUCAAUACCACUCUCUUGAUCCGAGACUGUCAUAGGACUGAUGCUUCCAAGUACACCAUCACAUUGAGAAACUGUGCUGGCACGAAAGAGUCCACCAUCUUCAUCAGGGUGGUGGGUAAACCUGGCCUCCCUGUUGCACCAAUUAAGUUCAAAGAUGUUACAGCUGAUGGUGCAACACUGAAGUGGGGUGUUCCCAAAGAUGACGGCGGCUCAGAAAUUACUAACUACAUCUUAGAAAAGAGGGACUCCAUCACCAACAUGUGGGUGACUGUAUCCUCUGUUGUGGAGACCAACACCAUGAGGGUGACCGGCCUCCAUGAGGGCACAGAAUACAUUUUCAGAGUCUCUGCUGAGAACAAGUAUGGUGUUGGAGAGGGACUCAAGUCUGACCCCAUCGUAGCUAAACAUCCAUUUAAUGUACCUGAUGCACCUGCUCCACCUGAGGUCGUGGCCAUGCUUCAUGAUUCUGCUUACCUGGGCUGGACAGACCCCAGGAAGACCGGAGGAUCUCCCAUCACAGGCUACCAUGUUGAGUUCAAGGAAAGAAACAGUAUGUUGUGGAAGAGGGCCAGCCCAGCUCCCAUAAAAAUGAAAGAGCACAAAGUAACCGGGCUGACCGAAGGUCUGGAGUACGAGUUUAGGGUAAUGGCAAUCAACCUGGCUGGCAUUGGCAGGCCAAGUGCUCCCACCGAUCCUCAGGUUGCUCUAGAUCCAAUUGAUGCGCCUGGCAAACCGGAUGUGAUCAGCAUCACCAGGAGCAGUGUGACACUCCAGUGGACCGAGCCUCAGUUUGACGGUGGGCACAGACUGACUGGCUACAUCGUAGAAAAGCGAGACCUGCCCUCCAAGGUCUGGGUGAAAGCCAAUAAUGUGAAUGUUGUGGAACCUGCAUUUACUGUUAAGGAUCUGCAAGAGGGCUGCAAAUAUGAGUUCAGGAUCAGGGCAAAGAAUGCUGCUGGUGCUCUCAGCCCCCCUUCUGAGCAGACAGACACCAUUCUGUGUAGAGAUGAUUAUGCUGCACCAACCAUUAUUAUCGAUGCUCAGGUGAAGGAGGGUCUGACUGUCCGAGCUGGUGAUACUAUUGUCAUCACUGCCACGAGCAUUCAAGGCAAACCAGACCCAACAUCAUUCUGGUCAAAGGGGGGGAAGACCUUUAAACCCUCUGACAUUGUUCAGAUCGAAACCACUGCAACAUCAUCCACUCUGUCUGUAAAAUAUGCAAGCAGGAAGGACUCUGGAGAAUACAUCAUCACUGCUAGUAACCCAUUUGGUGUAAAGGAAGAGACAGUAAAGGUCAAAGUUCUGGAUGUCCCUGGUGCCCCUGGACCCAUUGAAUGCAGUGGUGUCUCUUCUGAAAAGGUGACUCUUACCUGGACAGCCCCUACUGAAGACGGAGGCUCUCCUAUCAAGUAUUACACCUUAGAGAAAAGGGAAACUACUCGUCUGCUCUGGACAAUCCUGGAAGAGAAGGUCAUUGACUGUCACUAUGUGGCCCACAAACUCAUCCAGGGCAACGAGUACUUCUUCAGAGUUUCUGCUGUUAAUCAGUAUGGUGCCAGUGAACCAUCUCACUCUGAGGCUGUCAAGAUUGUUGAUAGAUUUGGUCCACCGGGACCACCAUCUAAGCCUGAGGUUGAUAAAGUCGAUGGACACUCGGCCACUAUAACCUGGAGAAGACCAGCUGAGGAUGGUGGAAGUGACAUAACAGGUUAUAGUAUUGAAAAGAAGGAAAAGAAGGGCAUGCGAUGGGUCCGGGCAUCCAAGAAAUCCAUCGCUGAGCUCAGCUUUGAAGUCACAGGUCUUGCUGAGGAUGUGGAGUACGAGUUCCGUGUUCUAGCUGAGAACAAAGCUGGUUUUGGGGAGCCAAGUGAACCAUCUAUGCCUGUCAAAACAAUAGUCGUUGCCUAUGUGCCAGGACCUCCAGUCAAUCCAAGAGUUACCGACACAACCAAGAACACUGCUACUCUUAACUGGGGAAAACCUUUGGAUAAUGGUGGACUUCAAGUUACUGGUUAUUUGAUUGAGCACAAAAAGGAAGGAACAGAAGAAUGGGUCAAGGAUACGCCAUCAUCCCCACUAAGGAUCACUGAGUUUGUGGUUCCCGGGCUAGAAACUGGUGCCAAGUACCACUUCAGGAUUAGUGCUGUAAAUGCUAAGGGAGCAGGGGAACCUGCUGUAACACAGGAAUUAGUUGAGAUUGUGGAACAUCCUGCUGAACCAGACUUAGAGCUUGAUCUUGAGCUAAGGAGAACUCUUGUUGUAAGAGCAGGCUGCUCCAUCCGGAUCUUUGUGCCAAUCAAGGGUCGCCCUCCACCUAAAGUCACUUGGACCAAAGAGGGUGGCGCUGUUCCACGUGCAGUUAUUGACAGCACCGAAUCUUUCACAAUGCUAAUCAUUCCUGAGAGUUCAAGGAUUGAUUCUGGUAAAUAUGAGCUUACCCUUGAAAAUUCAGCUGGAAAGAAGAGCGCUGAUAUUCAUGUGAGAGUUCUGGACUCACCUGGACCUCCACUGAACUUGAAACCAGUUAAGAUUGACAAGGAAAGCAUUUCACUUCAGUGGGAGAUGCCUAUGAUUGAUGGUGGAGCCAAGAUCACAAACUACAUUAUUGCAAAGAGGGAAUCAACACGCAAGGCUUUUGCUACUGUUAUUACAAAUUGCCCAACCACUUCAGUCAGAAUUGGCGACCUGGGUGAAGGCUGCGAGUACUAUUUCAGAGUGUUCGCUGAAAAUGAGUAUGGUAUUGGGGAGGCAGUUGAAACAACUGAUCCAAUCCGUGUUUCCCAGGCACCAAGUGCCCCAGAGAGCAUUAUUCCCACUGAUAUCACAAAGAGCUCUGUUAGCCUGGCUUGGACCAAACCCAAACAUGAUGGUGGAAGCAGAGUUUCAGGGUAUGUCCUGGAAGCCACGAAGAAGGGAACUGAUCAGUGGAGCCAUAUCACAACAGUCAAGAGCUUGGACUUCACAGUGAAGAAUCUCAAUGAGAAUGAGGAGUACAUUUUCCGUGUCAUGGCUGUUAAUCUGUCUGGUAGAAGUGUUCCACGUGAGGGCAAACCCAUUGUUGUCAAGGAUACUACUUCUCUGCCUCAGUUUGACCUGCGUGGUAUAUGUCAGAAGACUAUCAUUGCCAAGGCAGGAGAUAACAUCAAGGUUGAAAUUCCAUUUAUGGGACGUCCUAGACCAACAAUCUCUUGGCAGAAGGAUGGAGCAGCCCUGAAAGUCACCCAGAGAGUCAACGUCGAAACUACUGCAGCUACUGCUAUUAUCAGUAUCGAUGAAUGCACUAGAGCCAACUGUGGUGUGUACACCUUGACAGGAAAGAACAUUGUUGGAUCAGUGUCUGACAACAUCGUUGUCAAAGUACAUGAUGUUCCUGGGCCACCCAAAGGACCGGUUAAGAUUGUGGAGAUAUCUCGCACAGCUUGUACCUUCUCAUGGGAACCUCCUGAGAAUGACGGGGGUGUUCCAAUCACUAAUUAUGUGGUUGAGAUUAGAGAUACCACUACCCAAACAUGGAUUGAACUGACUUCCACUGUCAUACGCACAGUCUUCAAAGCCACUCGGUUAACUACCGGAUCAGAGUACCAAUUCAGAAUGAAAGCUAAAAAUCGAUAUGGCGUUGGACCUCCGAUCACAUCAGAAUCAGUGACAGCUGCAUAUCCAUUCAAAGUUCCUGGGCCACCUGGUACCCCCAGUGUUGUUGCAUUUACCAAGGACUCAAUAACCAUUGGCUGGAAUGAGCCUGUGUUUGAUGGUGGAAACGAAGUAAUCGGUUAUCAUGUUGAGAGGAAAGAAAGAAGCAGUAUUAUGUGGCAAAAGAUCAGCAAGAGUACUGUGAAAGGAAAUAUCUUUAAGUCCACAGGCCUUGAAGAUGGAGCUGCUUAUGAGUUCCGUGUCAUGGCUGAAAACAUGGCUGGAAUUGGUAAACCCAGCAAGGCCUCAGAACCCACACUGGCUUUGGACCCUGUAGACCCACCAGGACACCCUGUGCCAAUAUUUGUGAGCAAGAAUGUCAUAACUCUUCAGUGGACAAAGCCUGAAUAUGACGGUGGCUUCAAAAUUACUGGUUACACGGUGGAGAAAAAAGAACUGCCUGCUGGUCGCUGGAUCAGAGCUAACUUCAUCAACAUCAUAGAGACAACAUUCACUGUCAGCGGACUGACUCAAGACACUGCCUAUGAGUUCCGUGUGAUAGCCAGAAAUUCAGCAGGGGCAGUAAGCAUGCCCUCUGAUCCCUCUGAUCCAAUUACCUGCAAAGAUGACAUUAUUGAACCACGUAUUAUGGUUGAUGCCAUCUUUAAGGAUGUUGUUCUGCUUAAGGCAGGAGAAUCUUUCAAGCUUGAUGCUGAUAUUGCUGGCCAACCAACCCCGUCUAUGGUUUGGACCAAGAAUGGAAAGGAAGUUGAGAACACAUUUAAACUGGAGGUUAGGUUCACUGAACUGACAACAACUCUUGUAAACAAGGACUCUGUCAGAUUAGACGGUGGUGAAUUUGUUUUGACUGCCACUAAUGUGGGAGGAUUUGCAAAGCACAUCUUUAAUGUUAAAGUACUUGAUAGACCUGGACCACCAAUUGGACCUCUUGAGGUGUCUGAUGUAACCGCUGACAACUGUGUACUUACCUGGGCUCCACCUGCUGAUGACGGCGGUGCCAAGAUUGAGGGAUAUGUGGUUGAAAAGCGUGAAUCAAGCAGACUGGUGUGGACCAAUGUGGUUUCACACCUGCAAGUUACACAACACAAAGUAACUAAGCUUCUCAAAGGAAAUGAAUACAUCUUCAGAGUUAUGGCAUUGAACAAGUAUGGACUUGGGGAGCCCCUUGAAUCAGAAGCCACUAUUGCAGACAAUCCAUAUAAGAUCUCAGAUCCUCCAGAGAAUCCUGAGGUAACAGCUAUUACCAAAGAUUCAAUGGUAGUUAUGUGGCAAGCACCAGAGAGUGAUGGUGGAACUCCCAUCAUCAGUUACCAUAUUGAGAAGAAAGACAGAAUAGGCCUCCGCUGGGUAAAAUGUAACAAGAGGAAAGUGAAAGAUCUACAGUUCAAGGUUGCUGGUCUUUUUUCUGGACAUGAAUAUGAAUUCAGGAUAACUGCAGAGAAUGCUGCUGGAAUCAGUGUACCAAGUGUCCCCUCUCUAUUCUACAAGGCCACUGAUGGACUUUACCAGCCAGGGGCUCCAUGCAACCCCAGAAUCUUGGACACAACCAAGUCCUCAAUUACUGUUGCUUGGAACAAGCCCAUAUACGAUGGUGGGUCUGAAAUCACUGGUUAUAUUGUGGAGACAUGCAUCCCAUCAGAAAAAGAGGAAGAAGAGGAAUGGACCAUUGUGACACCCAAGGAUGGUCUUCUUGCAACAUCAUUUACCAUUAUUAAUCUGAAAGAAAAUCAGGAAUAUAAGAUUAAUAUCUCUGCGGUCAACAGUGAAGGAAUUGGUGAGGCAGCAUCGGUACCUGGAAAUCCUAAAGCAGAGGACAGGCUCCUCCCACCUGAGGUUGAUUUGGAUGCGGAGCUCCGCAAAGUAGUCAGUCUCAGAGCUUGCUGCUCACUUAGACUGUUUGUGCCAAUCAGAGGCAGACCAGCUCCUCAAGCUAAAUGGACAAAAGGUGAUGGUGAGCCCGUAGAGAGGGCAAUCAUUGACAGCACAACAUCCUACACGUCACUUGUAAUUGAAAAUGUAAACAGAUUUGACAGUGGAAAAUACAAUCUCACUGUUGAAAACAGCUCUGGCUCCAAAACAGCUACGGUCCAAGUCAGGAUUCUUGAUACCCCGAGUGCACCACAAAAUCUGAAGAUUACUGCUGUCACAAAAGAAGAUGUCACUCUCACGUGGGAGCCACCAGUGAAUGAUGGAGGAGUUAAGAUUAAGAACUAUGUAGUUGAAAAGCGCGAGUCUACAAGGAAAGCAUAUGCCACAGUUAAUGCUAACUGCCAUCAUACCACCUUUACAGUUUCCCAGCUCCUGGAGGGAUGCAACUAUUACUUUAGAGUUUUGGCAGAAAAUGAAUAUGGGAUUGGCUUGCCCAUCGAGACCGGUGAAUCAGUUAAAGUUUCUGAGAAACCACAGUCACCUGGAAAAAUCACUCUUAAAGAUGUCACCAAAAACAGUGUCACCCUUUCCUGGGAGAAGCCAGAACAUGAUGGUGGCAGCAGAGUGGGCUGCUAUGUUGUUGAGAUUCAGCCAAAGGGGGUUGAUAAGUGGACCCAGGCCGUAAUUGUGAAGGAAACUGAAGCUACUAUUACUGGACUCAAUGCAGGUGAAGAGUAUAUGUUCCGUGUUGCAGCAAGAAAUGAGAAAGGAACAAGUGACCCUCGUCAAAUCGGUGUUCCGGUGAUAGUAAAGGAUCUUGUUAUCGCACCUGCUGCUAAAAUGUUAUUCAACACGUUUAGUGUGUUAGCUGGAGAAGAUCUAGCAAUAGAUGUUCCAUUUGUUGCACGUCCCAAAGCAGCUGUCUCAUGGGUGAAAGAUGGUCAUCCUCUGCAGAGAACUAGCCGAGUUAACUUUAGUGCAACAGACACAAUGCUGAAACUCAGUAUUAAAGAGGCUGCUAAAGAUGAUGUCGGACAAUAUGUUAUUACUCUUAGCAAUACAGCAGGAGAGACAACAGCAAAUGUUCGCAUUGUUGUUCUUGACAAACCUGGCCAACCUGAGGGUCCCAUUAAGGUGGAGGAGGUCACUUCUGAUAGUGUUACCAUUUCAUGGAACCCACCAGAGUACAAUGGUGGUUGCACCAUCAAAAGCUAUAUUGUGGAAAAGAGAGACACAUCCACAACUAACUGGAUGAUGGUAUCUCCUAACUUAGCUAGGACCAAAAUUAAAGCAGGCCGGUUGAAGACUGGCAGUGAAUAUCAGUUUAGAGUAACAGCUGAAAACCGAUAUGGUAAAGGCCCAGCUCUUCUCUCAAAGUGUAUUGAGGCUCAAUAUCCAUACAAACUCCCAGGACCACCAGGAACACCUUCCAUUGCAUCCUGCACCAAGGACACCAUGGUUGUGGCCUGGAAUGAACCUGUGAUUGAUGGUGGAACUACUAUUGUGGGCUACCAUCUUGAACGCAAAGAGAGAAACAGCAUCUUAUGGGUCAAACUAAACAAAUCUAUCAUUACUGAUCAAACCUUCAAGACUACAAACCUGGAACCAGGAAUGGAGUAUGAAUACAGAGUUUAUGCUGAAAACAUUGUUGGAAUUGGCAAAGCAAGCAAAGUAUCGGAGGGGCGUAUUGCUAGAGAUCCUUGUGAUCCUCCUAGCACCCCAGAGGCAACAAAGAUAACUAAAGACUCUAUCACCAUUGUCUGGACAAAACCUGAGUAUGACGGUGGUGCAAAGGUUACUGGAUACAUCGUGGAAAAGAAGGAGCUUCCUGAGGGACGCUGGCUGAAGGCUAACUUCACUAAUGUCAUUGAGACAGAAUAUACUGCAACUGGACUUGUGCAGGACAAUCAGUAUGAGUUCCGAGUUAUUGCCAGAAAUGCAGCAGGUGUAUUCAGUCUGCCUUCUUACAGCACUGGCCCUAUAACUGCCAGGGAUGAGAUUGAACCACCUCGCGUCAGUAUUGACCCAGAAUACACACAGACUGUUGUGGUUAACGCCGGAGACACCUUCAAAAUUGAUGCAGAUGUCCAUGGCAAACCAUUGCCCUCUAUCCACUGGAUGAAGGGGGAGCAAGAACUGGGUAAUACUAUUUACAGAGCCAUUAAGAACACACCCACGAAAGCCUAUAUAUCUAUGAAAGAAGCUAAGCUUUCAGAUGGAGGCCAGUACACUCUGCUGCUGAAAAAUCCAGGAGGAGAAAAGGCUGUUCAAAUCAAUGUGGUUGUCUUGGAUAAACCUGGGGUACCACAAGGACCUUUUGCUAUUACAGGAAUAGCCAAAGACCGGUGCUGCCUGGCAUGGAAACCACCAGUACAAGAUGGUGGGAGCAAGAUCUCUCACUACAUUGUUGAGAGGAGAGAAACAAGCAGACUAGUCUGGACUGUUAUUGACCAAAAAGUGGAAAAUAUUUAUCUCAAAGUUACCAAGCUGCUGGAAGGAGAUGAGUAUAUCUUCAGAGUAAGUGCUGUCAACCAGUACGGAGUAGGUUCAGCACUCGACUCUGCUCCUGUGUUAAUCAAGGAUCCAUAUCUGCUUCCUGGAUCACCCAAGAAUCUAGAAGUUUCAGAUAUUAAAAAGGAUUCAAUGGUGGUCAGCUGGGAGGCUCCUUCUGAGGACGGUGGAAGUCCCAUUACUGGAUACAUAAUUGAGAAACAUGACAAAGAGGGCGUAAGAUGGACAAGAUGCAACAGGCAAACAGUCACUGAUUUGACUUUCAAAGUCACUGGUCUCCUGGAAAGUCAUUUUUAUGAAUACAGAGUUGUAGCUGAGAAUGCUGUUGGUGUUGGUGAACCAAGCUCUCCAACUGUAUUCUACAAAGCUCUGGAUCCCAUCUUCAGGCCUGGCCCACCAAACAAUCCAAAAGUUAUUGACACAACAAAAACAUCCGUAUUCCUGUCGUGGGGAAAGCCUGUAUAUGAUGGAGGCUGUGAGAUUCAGGGAUACAUUGUAGAGUACUGUUCCACUACAGAACCGAAAGAGCCAGCUGAAGCCACAGAUGCACCAGCUGAGGAAUGGACAAUCUGCACACCGCCAACAGGCAUUAAGAUAACUAAAUUUGAAGUUGGAAAUCUGAAGGAACAACAGGCAUACAAAUUCAGAGUGUGUGCUAUCAACAAGGUGGGGGUAGGUGAGCAUGCUGAUGUCUCUGGAGUUAUUGUCGUGCAGGACAAGAAAGAGGAGCCAGACCUUGAUAUCGACCCAGAACUGAGGAAGAUUGUAACCAUCAAAGCUGGCACUUCACUUAGACUGUUUAUCCCCAUUAAAGGUAGGCCCACUCCUACCAUUAAGUGGGACAAAGAUGAAGCUCCCCUCAAGGAGACUGCUCAGAUUGAGACAACCAGCAGUUACACAUCCCUAGUAAUUGAUAAGAUGAGCAGAAAUGACAGUGGAAAAUACACAAUCACUGCAGAGAACUCCAGUGGAACUCAAUCUGCAUUUGUUGUUGUGCGUGUACUUGACACACCUAGUGCUCCUGUUAACCUUAAGGUGCAAAAAAUUACAAAUGAAUCAGUAACACUGGCAUGGGAAGCACCUCUCUUGGAUGGUGGAUCCAAGAUCAAGAAUUACAUUAUUGAAAAGAGAGAAAGCACACGGAAAACAUUUGCUGCUGUUACAACCAACUGUCAUGCUCUGUCAUGGAAAAUUGAGCCACUCCAGGAAGGCUGUAGUUACUACUUUAGAGUCCUUGCUGAAAAUGCUCAUGGUGUUGGCCUGCCUGCAGCAAUAAUAGACCCUCUUAAGGUUUCAGAGGUUCCCCAGUCUCCAAAGAAUUUAAUUGUAACAGAUCAGACCAAAACAAGCAUAUCUUUGGCAUGGGAGAGGCCAGAAUAUGAUGGUGGCAGCAGAGUUAUGCAGUAUUUCCUUGAAGUACAGCUUAAAGGCCAUGAAAAAUGGAAUAGUGUAAAUGCAUUUAAGACAAUGGAGGCUAAAGUCGUCAAUCUAAACCCAGGAGAGGAAUACCUCUUCAGAGUGUCAGCAGUCAAUGAAAAGGGAAAGAGUGAUCCCAAAGUGCUCUCUGGCCCAGUGAUGACCAAGGACUUGGUCUUUGAACCAGAUGUCCGUCCAGCAUUCAGCAGCUACAGCAUCCAUGUGGGCAAAGACAUGAACGUUGACAUUCCCAUCUUUGGACGUCCCAAACCGACAAUCACAUGGAGUAAAGAUGGAGCUCCUUUGAAGUUCACCACCAGAGUCAACAUUCAUAAUACGCUGACACAUACAACAUUAAGCAUAAAGGAGGCAGCAAGUGAUGAUGGUGGCAUGUACGGUAUCCGUCUUGCUAACUCAGCUGGAAAUAAGGACACAUCAAUUGAAAUCAUUGUACUUGACAAACCAGGACCUCCAUCGGGUCCUGUAAGGUUUGAUGAAAUCACAACAAAGAGUGUUACUAUUUCAUGGGACCCACCAAAACACAAUGGUGGGUGCGAAAUCUCAAACUAUGUUGUUCAGAAGCGAGAUACUACAUCAACAACAUGGGAAAAUGUGAGCAUAAAUUGUGCCAGAACCAGCAUCAAAGUCACUAAACUGAAGACGGGAGCUGAGUAUCAGUUUAGGAUCAUUGCUCAGAACCGCUAUGGCAAGAGUCAUGGUCUGGAUUCAUCGUCUGUAGUUGCUCAGUACCCAUACAGAGAACCAGGCCCACCAGGCACUCCUUUCAUUUCUUCUCUCUCCAGGGACCACCAGAUUGUUGAAUGGCAUGAGCCUGUCGCAGAUGGGGGCAGUAAUGUUCUUGGCUAUCACAUUGAAAGGAAGGAAAGGAAUAGUAUUCUUUGGAUCAAACUCAACAAGACACUCAUUCAUGAGACUAUUUUCAAGAGUCAUCCAUUGGAGGAGGGUACUGAAUAUGAAUACAGGGUUUAUGCUGAAAAUAUUGUGGGCAUUGGUAGGAGUAGUAAAGUCUCAGAGGGUUGUGUUGCCCGUGACCCAUGUGAUCCUCCUGGCACACCAGAGGCCAUCCAUGUGACCAAAGAGACUAUAGUCAUUCAGUGGACUAAACCAGAAUAUGAUGGUGGCAGUAAUAUCACUGGCUAUAUUAUAGAGAAGCGUGACCUUCCAGAAGGCAGAUGGGUAAAGGCAAACUUUACUAAUGUGAUUGAGACCCAAUUUACUCUUACUGGUCUAACUGAAGAUGCACAGUAUGACUUCAGAGUUAUUGCCAAAAAUGCUGUUGGGACAGUCAGCAAGCCAUCAUACAAUAGUGGACCAAUCACUGCAAGUGAUAACAUUGAACCCCCGAAGUUCUCCAUUGAUCCAACGUUUUCCAAGACGAUUAUCAUUAACGCUGGAGAUACCUUCAAACUCGACGCCGAUGUGCGAGGCAAGCCACUGCCCACAAUCCAGUGGUUCAAGGAUGAAAAACCACUUGAGAAUACACUCAGACUAGAGAUCAGAAACACAGAAAACCAUGCAAUGAUUUUUGUUAAGGACUCUACCAGGAUUGAUGGUGGAACCUACACACUCUUGUUGACAAACAAGGGUGGCAGUGAAACAAUUCCUUUUAAGGUUUUAGUCCUGGAUAGGCCAAGUCCAUGUGAAGGGCCCCUCCACAUUACUGGAGUAGCUGAAGAUAGAUGUAUACUGGCAUGGCGGGCCCCUCUACAUGAUGGAGGUAGUCCUAUUACACAUUACAUCAUUGAGAGAAGAGAGACCAGUCGUCUAGCUUGGACUGUUGUUUCCAACAGCUGUAACACUACAAACUAUAAAGUUACAAAGUUACUGGAAGGCAAUGAGUAUAUGUUCCGCGUUAUGGCAGUUAACAUUCAUGGUAUCAGUGAACCACUGGAUUCCAGUGGAGUGAUCAUGAGGACUCCAUUUGUUCUGCCUGGAUCCCCUCACAUUGAGGAUGUAUCCAAUAUUGCCCAUGAUGGCAUGACCGUCACUUGGUCUGCCCCUGAGACUAAUGGUGGCAGUGAGAUCGUCAACUACGUAAUUGAAAAGAAGGACAGGUCUGGAGUUAAAUGGACAAGAUGCAACAGGCAGAAAGUCACCGAUAUUUCCUUUAGAGUUACCGGACUCGCCACCGGACAUGAGUAUGAAUUCAGAGUGGCUGCUGAGAACAUAGUUGGAGUUGGAGAGCCAAGCCUUCCAAGUUCAUAUUUCAAGGCCUGUGAUCCCAAAUACAAGCCUGGCGCCCCAGCAUAUGUGAAUGUUAUCGACUCUACAAAAACAUCUAUUACAGUGUCGUGGGGUAAGCCUUUGUCCGAUGGUGGCAGUGCCAUUCAAGGAUACAUUGUUGAAGUAUGCAAGACUGAAGAGGAGGAGUGGACCAUGGUUACUCCCCCCACUGGCCUGCGUCUCAACAAAUAUGAAAUAAGCAAGCUCACUGAGGGCCAGGAAUACAAGAUCCAAGUCUCUGCUUUGAACAAAAUGGGGGUUGGUGAGCCAGCCAUUCUCUCAGGAACAGCUAAGCCAGAGGAAAGGGUGGACCCACCAGAGAUCCACCUUGACUCAGAACUAAGAAAGGGUAUUAUAGUGAAAGCUGGGGGGUCUGUUAGAAUACACAUUCCUUUCAAGGGCAGGCCAAUACCUGAGAUUGAAUGGAAGAAAGAUGAGGGAAAUCUAACUGAAAAAACUCUGAUUGAGAAAGCUGCCAACUUCACACAGCUGUCCAUUGACUCGUGUGAUAGGAAUGACUCAGGAAAAUACACUCUAACCCUGACCAACAGCAGUGGAACUGUGUCAGAGCUUGUGUCAGUUAAAGUCUUGGACACACCUGGGUCACCACAGAAUCUUGUGGUUAAAGACAUUAAAAGGGACUCUGUUACACUGGUCUGGGAUGCCCCACUGAUUGAUGGAGGUUCCAAAGUCAAAAACUAUGUAAUUGAUAAGCGUGAAUCAACGAGGAAGGCAUAUGCAAAUGUAUCAACAAAAUGCACCAAGACUACAUUCAAAGUUGAGAAUUUGAUUGAAGGUGCUAUGUACUACUUCAGAGUCAUGGCUGAGAAUGAAUAUGGAGUUGGUCAAGCUGUAGAAACAAAAACAGCUUACAAGGCCUCUGAGGUACCAAUGCCUGUUGGAAAGGUUUUCCUCACUGAUGUCACUAAGACCACCGUCACAAUGGCCUGGGAGAAACCUAAGUAUGAUGGAGGAAGUAGGAUUGGUGGAUACCUGAUUGAGAUGCUGCCCAAGGGAACAGAUAAGUGGGGAGUUGUAAAAAAUACAAAGACAUGUGAGGGAACUGUUACAAGUCUCACACCAGGAACAGAAAACCUAUUCCGCAUUAUUGCUUACAAUGAGAAGGGAAAGAGUGAACCAAAGGCACUUGCUGCACCGGUGAUUGCAAGUGACAUGACCAUAGAGCCAAGUAUUAAGAUGCAAUUCAAUACCUACAGUGUGUUAGCUGGUAAAGACCUGAAGUUGGAAUUCCCUGUGCUUGGCAGGCCCAAGCCUAAAGUUAGCUGGAUGAAGGAUGGUCAUACUCUAAAGGUGACAUCCAGAGUUAAUGUAUUUAACACUCCAUCAACAACUGGAAUUCAAAUAACUGAGGCAUGCAAAGAUGACUUUGGAAAAUACUCAAUUACUGCAACCAAUACUGUGGGUACCAUCAGUGAAGAUAUGACUGUCAUCAUCCUUGACAAACCUGGUCGACCAACAGGACCGGUCAAAGUUCUUGAAGUGAGCAACACCUUUGUCCAUCUGUCCUGGGAACCUCCGGAGUACACUGGUGGAUGCCAAGUAAAGAACUAUAUUGUGGAGAAGAGAGAUACCUCAACUACAGUAUGGAAGCCAGUAACUACACAGUUGGCUAGAACAGCUUUAAAGGUUACCAAGUUGAAGACUGGUUCAGAAUACCAGUUCAGAAUCAUAGCUGAAAACAGAUAUGGAAAGGGUGCGUCUCUGGACUCCAAAUCCAUUGUGGUGCAGUAUCCAUACAAACCGCCAGGGCCCCCAGGAACUCCAUUUGUCAAAUAUGCAACUAAGGACAUGAUGAUCAUUGAAUGGAAUAUACCAGUAAUUGAAGGUGGAAGUUCUGUUAUUGGUUACCAUCUGGAAAGCAAAGAAAGAAGCAGCAUCAUGUGGAACAAACUGAACAAGACUCUGAUAAAAGAUACUCAGUUUAAGAUUUGCAAUCUUGAGGAGGGCAUUGGAUAUGAAUUCAGAGUGUAUGCGGAAAAUGUUGUUGGCAUUGGCCGAUGCAGUAAAGUGUCUGAGUCAUUUGUUGCUCGUGACCCAUGUGAUCCUCCUGGCACUCCAGAAGCUAUAUCUAUUUCUAAAAAUCUAAUCAAGAUUCAGUGGACCAAGCCUCAAUAUGAUGGUGGCAGCAAAAUAAAUGGAUAUAUUGUGGAAAGAAAAGACCUUUCUUCCCCUGAGGGACGCUGGGUGAGAGCCAACUUUACCAACAUAAUCGAGACUGAGUAUACUGUCACAGGUCUGACAGAAAAUGAGCAAUAUGAAUUCAGAGUCAUUGCAAGAAAUGCAAUCGGUGUCUUCAGUGCGCCAUCUGACAGCUCUGGACCUAUCACUGCCACUGAUGAAAUUGAACCACCAAGGGCCUCAAUGGAUCCCAAAUACAAGGAUGUUAUUGUUAUCAAUGCUGGAGAAAGCUUGCUUCUUUAUGCAGACAUCCAUGGAAAACCAAUUCCUGAUGUUGUUUGGCUAAAAGAGGGCAAAGAAAUGGGCAAAGCGUUGCGAAUUGAAGUAAAAACUACACUGAAACAUGCGGCCAUGACUAUCAAGGAUGUCACUAAGCAGGAUAGUGGCCACUAUGACCUUGUUCUCAAAAAUCUUGGUGGCACCAAAACAUUCCCCAUCACCAUUAAAGUCCUUGAUAAACCAGGUCCACCCAAUGGACCCAUUAGGGUGACUGGAAUCAUGGCUGACAGGUGCAUCCUUGCCUGGUCUGAGCCAGCUCUGGAUGGUGGGGCCAGUAUCAGUCACUAUGUCUUGGAGAAGAGAGAGACGAGCAGAUUGUCUUGGACAGUGGCUGCACCAAGUGUCAAGACUCUAUAUCAUAAAGUAAUAAAUCUACUGUUGGGAAAUGAAUACAUUUUCAGAGUCAGGGCAGUGAACAAAUAUGGUGUUGGAGAUUAUCUAGAGACUGAACCUAUCAUUGCUCGCAAUCCUUACAAGCCACCUAGUGCUCCUGGAGCUCCAGAAGCCAGUCAGAUCACCAAAGAGUCCAUGGUUAUGUCAUGGACUGCUCCAGAUUACAAUGGUGGAGCUGAUAUUCAAGGUUACCAUCUUGAAAAACGUGACAAAGAUAGUGUAAGGUGGACAAAAUGCAACAGACAAAAGCUGACUGAAACCAUCUUCACAGUCACCGGUCUGAUGAUAGACCACUUCUAUGAGUUCCGUGUCACUGCUGAGAAUGAAGUUGGAUUAGGAGACCUCAGUGACACAUCCUUAUUCUACAGAGCAUGUGAUGCCACAACACCACCUGGACCCCCACUCCAUCCUAAGGUGACAGACUAUUCAAAGUCCUCUGUUUCUCUGUCUUGGGGUAAACCUGACUUUGAUGGUGGAGCAUAUGUCAAGGCAUAUAUUGUUGAAAUGAGGGAGUAUACACCUGGAAGCGAAUUGACAGAGGAAGCAGAAGUAGCACCAGCAGUCGAAGCACCUUGUGAAAAAGAAUGGACCAUGUGCACUCCACCCACUGGCAUUCAAGCGACUAAACUCACUAUCACAGAUGUGAAGGAAGGUGGGGAGUACCAGUUCCGUAUUUGCGCUAUCAACUCAGAAGGAGUUGGUGAAGCUGCUAACAUCCAUGGUACAGUGGUGACCUCUGACAGGAUCGAAGCACCAGAGAUGGAGCUGGAUGCUGAUCUCAGAAAGGUGGUGUCUGUCCGCGCUGGUGGAACUCUGCGUCUGUUUGUCACUAUCAGAGGAAGGCCUGAACCUACUGUAAAAUGGGAGAAAAUUGAGGGUACCCUCACAGACCGUGCUGCAAUCGACACUACUAGUUCAUACACUAUGCUUGUCAUUGACAGUGUUAACCGCUUUGACAGUGGUAAAUACUCACUAACACUAGAAAACAGCAGUGGAUCAAAAUCUGCAGUUAUUGCAGUAAGAAUUUUGGACACGCCGAGUGCACCACAAAACUUGGCUGUGAAGGAGCUCAAGAAGGAUUCAGUGACCCUUGCCUGGGAUACACCACUGACAGAUGGUGGUGCAAAAAUCACAAACUACAUUGUAGAAAAGAGAGAGUCUGUCAGGAAGGCUUACACCACAGUCACCAACAACUGCACCGCCAACUCAUUUAAGAUUGAAGAGCUCCCUGAAGGUGGAAUUUUCUACUUCAGAGUGUGUGCUGUAAAUACAUAUGGCCAAGGACAGACGGUUGAAACCAAAGAGAUCAAAGUGUCUGAGGUGCCCCUACCACCAAACAAGGUCACUGUUGUGGAUACGACAAAGAAGAGUGUAUCACUGGCUUGGGAAAAACCUUCUCAUGAUGGUGGAAGCAAAGUAAUGUGCUACAACGUAGAAUUCAAGCCUAAGACUGGUGAUAAGUGGGGCACAGCAUGCACAGUCAAAGUGCCAGAGGCAACUAUCCCCAAUCUUAAUCCUGGUGAAGCUUAUUUAUUCAGAGUUGUAGCAAUCAACGAAAAGGGAAAGAGUGAGCCAAAAGAUCUUGGCUUGCCUGUGGUUGCAAAGGAUGUUGAAAUAGAACCAUCAGUGAACUUACUCUUCCAUACAUUCAGCGUGAAGGCCAAAGAUGACCUCACUAUUGAGGUUCCUAUAAGAGGCAGACCAAAGCCUGUUGUAUCUUGGAAGAAGGAUGGACUUCCUCUGAAGCAAACAUCAUCAAUUACCAUCAUAAAUACUGAAACCUCAUCCAAAAUAAUCAUUAAAGAAGCAAAAAGAGAGCAUGUUGGCAAGUAUGAAAUCACUCUGGCCAACACUGCAGGAACUGUUACAGCAGAUAUUGGAGUUGUUGUCCUUGACAAACCAGGUCCACCUAAUGGAAUAAAGGUAGACAAUGUGACCUCAGACAGUAUUACACUCUCCUGGUCCCCACCAGAAUAUGAUGGUGGCUGCUCCAUAAGUAACUACAUUGUGGAAAAGAGAGACACAAACACCCAGGAGUGGCAGAUGGCAGCAAGUAAUGUUGCUAGAACAUCCUUCAAAGCUAGCCGCCUGACACAUGGAGCAGAGUACCAGUUCCGUAUUUAUGCAGUUAACCGCUAUGGAAAGAGUACCUAUUUAGAUUCACCUGGAAUCACUGCUAAGUAUAACUUUAAACAACCUGGACCUCCCUCAACGCCCAUUGUGAAACACGCCACAAAGUCUUACAUGUUGGUGACUUGGAAUGAGCCAGUUAUGGACGGUGGAAGUCCCGUUCUAGGCUACCAUCUGGAAAGGAAAGAGCGUUCCAGUAUUAUUUGGACAAAGAUGAACAGAGGAAUGAUCAAAGACACAGAAUACAAAGUCACUAACAUUGAAGCAGGCAUGAUCUAUGAAUAUCGUGUCUAUGCUGAAAAUAUUGCUGGUAUUGGUAAAUGUAGCAAGGUCUGCGAACCUGUAGCAGCCAGAGAUCCAUGUGAUCCACCAGGCACACCUGUGGUCAUUGCUGUCACAAGAACAUCAGUCUCUCUGUCAUGGGAUAAACCAGAGUAUGAUGGUGGAGCCAAGGUUUCGGGCUACACUAUUGAACGUAGAGACCUUCCUGAGGGAAGGUGGACAAGGUGUAACUUUACCAACGUCCCUGAGACCCACUAUGAUGUGACAGGCCUAACAGAGAACAAUCAGUAUGAUUUCCGUGUCAUUGCAAAGAAUGCAGCUGGACUUUUCAGCAUCCCUUCAGACAACACUGGCCCUAUCACUGUCAAGGAUGAUGUGGAUCCACCGCGUGCCAUGAUGGAUGUCAAGUUUAGAGAGGCUGUGUUAGUGAAAGCAGGAGAAACACUAAAGAUAUAUGCUGACUUUGUUGGACGUCCUGCCCCUGUCAUCUCAUGGGCCAAGGAUGGCAAAGAAAUUGAGCUGAGAGCCAGGAUACAGAUUGUUUCAACGGACACAAGCACUUGUGUCAUUGUAAAGGACUGCAUCAGAAGAGAUUCUGGACAGUAUGUUCUGACUCUGCAGAAUAUUGCUGGAACAGUCACCAUGCCAAUAAACUGUGUGAUUCUGGAUAAACCAGGACCCUCAGCAGGACCUCUGCAGAUCACUGAUCUCACAGCUGAGGAUUGCACUCUUUCAUGGGGUACUCCUCAGGAGGCCGGUGGUGCCAAGAUCACACAUUAUGUUGUUGAAAAGCGUGAAACCAGCAGCUUGGCAUGGACACUGGUAAAGGGAGAAGUCACAAAAACCUACAUUAAAGUCACAGGACUGCUAAAGGGCAAUGAGUAUAUGUUCAGAGUUCUGGCUGUCAACAAGCAUGGUGUUGGUGAGGCUCUGGAGAGUGACAUUGUAAAAGUUACUGAUCCAUACACAUUUGCAACUGCUCCAGCUGGCGUUGAUGUAACUUCCAUUACUGGGGAUUCAAUGACCCUCACCUGGUGUAAGCCAGUCACCGAUGGAGGCAGUCCCAUAAUUGGAUAUGUGGUGGAGCGCCGUGAAAAGACUGGUAUGCGCUGGGUCCGGGUGAACAGAGAACUGGUUACUGAAUGCAACACAAUAGUGACAAAACUUCGCAAGGGUUGCGAGUAUGACUUCAGAGUUUAUGCUGAAAAUGCAGCUGGCUUGAGUCCUGCCAGUGAACACUCUGCAACAUUUAGAGCACUGGAUCCUCUGGUUGUUCCUUCUCGUCCAACCAAACCAAAGAUUGUCAGUUCAACUAAAGACAGUGUUUCUGUUGUCUGGAAACCACCAGCAAGGGAUGGGGGUGGUCCUAUCUUGGGAUACAGUGUAGAAUACCGAACCUACAUCCAAAAACCAGAAUGGAUUGAAGCUAUUCCUCUUACCAAGAGCUUAGAAUUCACAAUAACUGGAUUAAAGACAGAUAUAGAGUAUGAAUUCUGUGUUAAGGCAAUAAAUAAAAUUGGCAGCAGUGUGCGUAGCCCAUAUUCAGAGCCAGCAGCAGCUAUGGACAGAACUACAGAGCCAUCAUUUGAUGUUGACAUUGAGAUGCGAAAGGUCCUUAUUGUGAAGCAUGGUACCGGAUUUACUCUAAGAGUGCCAUUCAAGGGAAAACCUGCACCCUCUGCUGAAUGGUCCAAGGAAGGUGUAGAUCUAAAAGUCAGAGGAACCAUUGAAACAACAGAAUCCAGGACUUCACUCACUAUUGAGAAUUCAAGUAGAAAUGACUCUGGAGAGUACUCUGUCACAAUAGAGUCACCGUUGGGAAAAGAAACGCUGCCCAUGGUAGUGAAAGUGCUAGACUCCCCUGGACCCCCAGUUAAUGUUAAAGUCUCAGCAGUGACCAGGGAUUCUGCAACCCUCACUUGGGAGGCUCCAGAGAAUGAUGGUGGUGAUGUAGUAAAAUCCUACCACGUUGAAAAACGUGAAGCCAGUAAGAAGGCCUGGGUGUGCGUGACCAGCACCUGCCAUGCUUUCACUUACAAGGUGGAAGACUUGCAGGAGGGAGCCAUGUAUUACUUCAGGGUUAUUGCAGAAAAUGAACAUGGAGUGGGUGUACCACAAGAGGCCAAGGCUGGAACAAAGAUUACAGAGGUACCAACUGCCCCCAUGAAAAUUGGAGUGGCAAACGUUACCAAGGACAGUGUUACAAUUGCUUGGACAAGACCAGAAUAUGAUGGUGGAAGCAGAGUGAAGGGUUACCUCAUCGAUGCCCUGGAGAAGGGACAGACUAAGUGGGUGAAAUGUGCCACUGUGAAAACCAUGACUCACACCAUCAAGAAUCUUAGAGAAGGAGCUGAGUACUUCUUCAGGGUCUGUGCACAGAACCAUGCCGGACUCAGUGAACCUAAAGAGAUGAUUGUUCCAGUAAUUGUCAAGGAAAUACUAGUGCCUCCUGAGUUUGACCUGAAGAACUAUCCCAAGAAUACAGUUUAUGUGAAAGCAGGAUCCAACUUGACAUUUGAGAUUCCUCUCACUGGCAAGCCCACGCCAAAUGUGACUUUGUCCAAAAACAAUGUUGUCAUCAAGGGAUCUAAGAGGCUUCUCACUGAAGUGACUCCAGACAGCUUGGUCAUCACCCUUAAUGAAAGUGUUUCAAAUGAUGCUGGCAAGUAUGAAAUCACUGCCUCAAAUGCAGGAGGUACCACCAAGAUCUUCAUUAUCUUCGUCGUGCUGGACAGACCUGGACCACCUGUUGGUCCAGUUCAGAUCGGAGAGGUCGGAGAAACCACAGUAUGCCUGAAAUGGGAACAUCCAGAAUAUGAUGGUGGGAGCCCAGUUACGAAUUACAUUGUCUUGAAACGGGAAACCAGCACUCCCAAUUGGGAAGAGGUGUCAACCAACAUUGCCAGAAGCUCCAUCAAGGUGACCAAACUCACCAAGGGAGAGGGAUAUCAGUUCAGAAUCAAGGCUCAGAAUCGUCAUGGUGUUAGCGAUUACAUCGACAGUGCAUCAGUGAUGAUUAAACUUCCAUAUACCAUCCCUGGACCUCCAUCCACACCAUGGGUUGGCUUUGUUUCUAGGGAGAGUCUGGUAAUCUGCUGGAAUGAGCCGGUCAAUGAAGGCGGAAAUCCUGUAACCGGCUAUCACCUCCAGAUGAAAGAGAGGAGUAGCAUCCUCUGGCAGAAGAUCAACAAGACAGCUAUCUCAGGAAACCAGUUGCGUGUGACAAAGAUCUGCCCUGGACACAUCUAUGAAUUCAAGGUUGCAGCUGAAAAUGCCGCUGGCAUUGGAAAGAUGAGCAAGACCUCGGAAGAGGUGCUUGCUAUUGAUGCCUGUGAGCCUCCAGCAAAUGUCCGUGUCACAGAAGUAACCAAGAACUCAGUCAGCCUUGCCUGGCAGAGGCCUCCAUAUGAUGGUGGCAGCAAGAUUACUGGAUACAGUGUGGAGAGGAGGGAAGCUGCCAGUGGCAGAUGGGUGAAGGCCAACUUUACAAACAUUAUUGAGAUGGGAUUCACUGUGUCUGGACUCAGCCAGGAUGAAACUUAUGAGUUCAGAGUGUUUGCUAGGAAUGCCAUUGGAUCUGUCAGCAACCCAUCUCUGAUUGCUGGACCUGUCACAUGUGUCGACGCAUGUGGUGCGCCCGCCAUUGAUCUUCCUCCUGAGUAUCUGGAUGUGGUUCAGUACAAGGCUGGGGCUUCAGUCAAAUUGAGCGUAGGAAUCAUUGCCAAGCCUCUGCCAACUAUUGAGUGGCUGAAGGAUGGAAAGGAGCUGGUAUCAACUUCCACUGUGUGUGUUGAAAGCACAACGGACUCCUCUGCUGUUUUGAUCAAGGAUGCGACUCGCCUUGCCACAGGCUCAUAUGAGAUCAAGAUCAAGAAUGUUCUGGGAUCGGCUUCGGCAGUCAUCAGAAUUGAAAUCCUAGACAAACCUGGACCCCCUGCUGGCAUCAUUAACUUCAACUCCAUCACCGCAGAAAGGAUUGUCUUGAGCUGGGAACCUGUGCCUGAGUCUGACCAGGGAGGUUCCAAGGUGACCCACUACAUUGUUGAGAGGCGCGAAACCAGCAGAGUGGUCUGGUCGACAGUUUCAGAGAGGCAAGAGCAAACGCACGUCGUUGUUAGCAAGCUGCUACGUGGAAAUGAGUAUGUGUUCCGUGUCAUGGCCGUCAACAAGUUUGGAGUUGGAGUACCGCUGGAAUCAGAGCCAGUUAUUGCAAAGAAUGCCUUUGUAACUCCUGGCCAGCCUCAGACUCCUGAAGUGAACAUUAUCACCAAGACUUCCAUGGUGGUAGAGUGGGGCAAGCCAGGUCUAGAUGGAGGUAGCGCAGUGAGCGGCUUUUACCUGGAGAGACGAGAUAAGAAGAGCGUGCGCUGGAUCAGGGUUUAUAAAGAUCCCAUUACUGACAUCAAACAGACAGUCUACCACCUGACAGAAGGAAGUGAAUACCAAUAUCGUGUCUGUGCCAUUAACAAAGCUGGUGACGGGCCGUUCAGUGAUGAGUCAGACUACUACAAAGCUGCUGAUCCAGUUGAUCCACCAGAUGAGCCUUGCAAGCUGAGGGUUGUGGACUCUACCAAGACAUCCAUCACGUUGGGCUGGUCAAAGCCAGAAUGGGAUGGAGGCAGUGAGAUCACCAGCUACAUGGUGGAGAAACUUAUUGAAGGAGAAACAGAAUGGAUCAUGAUUACCUCAAAGGGAGAGGUCAAGACAACCGAGUACAUAGUUCAUGAUCUAAAACCAGAUAUAAACUACUUCUUCAAAGUCUGUGCUGUCAAUUGUGCCGGCCGUGGAGAGCCUUUGGAAAUGACUGAACCUGUGCAGGCUAAAGAUAUUCUAGAGGAAGCCGAAAUUGACAAAGAUGUCGCCAUGAGAACCCACUACAUUGUGAAAGCUGGCAAGGACGUGGAGCUGUCUGUUCCUCUGAAGGGAAGACCUUCUCCCACUGCUUCCUGGAGCAAGGGAGAAGAAUGCAUUGAUGGCAAUGCCCAAUAUGAGUUCCACCACUCAGACACAACCACAGUGCUUGUUAUGCGUGAGGUUACCAGGCUUGACACUGGAAAGUACACAGUCAAGAUAGAGAAUGGUGUAGGAGAACCCAAGACUUUGACCCUGUCUGUAAAGGUCCAGGAUACUCCAGCUCAAUGCAGGAAUCUGACCCUGAAGGAUGUGACACGUGGAAAGGUCACUCUUUGCUGGGAGCCUCCACUCUUGGAUGGUGGUGCUGAGAUCACAAACUACAUUGUUGAGAAGAGAGACUCCUCCAAGAGAUCAUACUAUGCUGUGACAAACAAAUGCACAGAUACAACAUACACCAUUGAAGAUCUCUCAGAAAAGACAUCCUUCUUCUUCCGUGUCCUAGCAGAGAAUGAGAAUGGUAUUGGUCAUCCAUGUGACACAGUUGAGCCUGUUAAGGCUACAGAGACUCCAGGACCAGUAAAAGAAAUCUCUAUGAAAGACUCAUCUAAGACAUCUAUCACCCUGCAGUGGCUGAAGCCUGACUAUGAUGGUGGAAGCAUAAUCUCUGACUACGUUAUUGAGAAGAAGGUGCACGAUGAAGAGUGGUCCUUGGGAGGAACCAGCAAACAGUUUGAGUUUGAGGUCACCAAGCUGAAGGAGCACUCUGAAGUGUUCUUCAGAGUUGCAGCCAGGAACGAAAAGGGACAGGGUGACUUUGUUGAAACUGGGCCUAUCAAGGUCAUCGACUACAUUAUCACACCAGAAGCGGACCUUAGAGAUUACCCAGAUGGCAGCAUCAGCGUCCGCAUGGGUCAUAAUGUGCACCUUGAGCUCCCAUACAGAGGGAAACCAAGACCUGCUGUUUUUUGGCUGAAGGACACCCUGCCUUUGAAAGAGAGUGAGCAAGUGCGCUUCAAGAAAACAGCAAAUAAAGCUACUCUAAUGAUUAAGAAUGUGAGGAAAGCAAAUGAGGGUAAAUACACUCUGACUCUUGACAACAAUGUCAGCAGGAAAUCCUUCCAUAUCCACAUCAUCACUCUUGGACCACCAUCAAAGCCUGUUGGACCCAUCCGCCUGGAUGAAGUUAGAGCAGAGCACAUCAUGAUCUCCUGGGAUGAACCCAAUGAUGAUGGAGGUGGAAACAUCACCUGCUACUCUGUGGAGAAGCGUGAUACUUCUCAGAAUGUCUGGAAGAUGGCCUGCUCUGCUGUAGAGGGUACCCAGUUCAGGGUCCCCAACUUGAUCAAGGGAGUCCAGUACCAGUUCAAAGUGUGUGCUGAAAACAGAUAUGGUGUUAGUGAGCCUCUGAUCUCACAGAUGGUUAUUGCCAAACACCAGUUCAGGCCUCCAGGUCCACCAGGCAAGCCUGUUGUAUACAACGUCACCAAUGAUGGAAUGACAAUCCAAUGGGAGGACCCUAUCUAUGAUGGUGGAACCCCCAUCCAAGGAUACCAUGUGGAGAAGAAGGAAAAGAACAGUGUCAUGUGGCAAAAGGCAAACACCAUGCUGAUCAAAGAAAGUGACUUCAGGAUUCUGGAGCUAAUUGAAGGCCUUGAAUAUUCCUUCAGAGUCUAUGCUCAGAAUGAUGCUGGCUUCAGCCGAAUGAGUGAUGAGAGCAAGUUAACAAUGGCUGUCAGUCCUGUUGAUUCUCCUGGCCAACCUGAUUACAUUGAUGUGACCAGUGACUCAGUGACACUAAAAUGGGAUGCACCUAAACAUGAUGGUGGUAGUAAGAUUACCAACUACAGCAUUGAGAAGCGCCAAGGACACGGACGCUGGUUCAAGGCUAACCUGACUGAUGUACACGACUGUCAGUACACUGUCGCAGGGUUGGCAACAAAUGAACGCUAUGAGUUCAGAGUCACCGCCAGAAAUGCCAUUGGUGUUGUCAGCCCUCCAUCCAACUCUUCUGGCAUGAUUGUAGUCAGAAGUGAAAAUGCUCCUCCAAAUAUUGAGUUUGGUCCAGAGUACUUUGAGGGUUUGACAGUCAAGGCCGGAGACAGUUUCAGGGUAAAAGCGACCAUCACCGGUCGCCCAGUUCCCAAGAUUGUCUGGUUCAGAGAUGGUGUGGAAAUAACCAAAAAGAUGAUGGAUAUUGUCAACAUUCCUGGAUCCAGCAGCCUGUCUGUCAGGGAUGCUGACCGUACACACCGUGGACUCUACACCGUAGAAGCUACCAACGGAUCUGGAAUCAAGAAAGAGGACAUCCUUGUCCAAGUUCAAGACACACCUGGGGAGCCAGUAGGACCCAUCACCUUCAGCAGCAUCUCAGAAGGCAAGUGCACUUUGUCUUGGAAUCCACCGGAGAACGACGGCUGCUCUGAGAUUUCACACUACCGCAUUGAGAAACGGGAGACCGCUAAGAUCUCGUGGGCCUUGGUGACCGACGAAUGUGAGGAGUGUUCUUUUAACGCAACCAAGCUCAUCAAGACCAAUGAGUACCAGUUCAGGGUAUCUGCUGUUAAUAAGUUUGGUACUGGCAGACCUUUGGAAUCCAGCCCCAUCAUUGCCCAGAUGCAAUAUAGUAGCCCUGAUGCUCCAGGAACUCCUGAUUCCACUGAGGUGACAGGAGAGAGCAUCACAUUAUCUUGGACUCCUCCAACAUCUGAUGGAGGAAACCCCAUUCAGUACUACAUCGUGGAGAAACGAGAAAAGAAAACUGUUCGAUUCUACAAAGUGAUAACCAAAAAUCCAAUUGUCGAAUGUGCUCACAAGGUGCUCCACCUAACAGAAGACAUGGAGUAUGAGUUCCGUGUCAUGGCUGUCAAUGAUGCUGGAGUUGGUGCCCCUAGUAACAUCUCUCUACCUAUUAAGGCUGCUGAGCCAAAAGAUAUUCCUUGUGCUCCAUCUGUUGUCUGUGUAUCAGACUCCACUAACACUUCCAUUAGCUUGGAAUGGACCAAGCCUGUUGACGAUGGAGGCAUGGAGAUAAUUGGCUACAUUAUUGAAAUGCUGAAGGGUAAAGAGGAGGAAUGGAAGAGAGUAAACGAGGAGCUUGUGGCAGAAACAAAUUAUGUGAUAAAGGGUCUACAGACAGGAGCUGAGUACAACUUCCGUGUCGCAGCUGUCAAUCAUGUGGGUAGAGGUGAAGACAAGGAGAUUCCAGAACCUGCUCAGGCCGUUGAGAGGCUGACACCUCCACAGGUGGACAUCGAUGCCACUUUCAAGCAGACACACAUUGUCAAGGCUGGAGGCUCUGUAUGCUUGGGCAUCCACUUUAGAGGAAGGCCCGUUCCCACUGCCACCUGGGUGAAAGAGGAAGGAGAGUUGGGUGUAAUGUCAGAGACCACAACUACUGAUGGCUACAGCUCUCUAAGCAUUGAAAACUGCUCAAGACAUGAUACGGGCAAAUACACUGUUAACCUGGAGAAUUCCAGCGGUAGCAAGCCGCUUACCUUUACAGUGAAGGUUUUGGACACUCCUGGACCUCCACAGGAUGUCGCUUUCAAGGAGGUCUCUAGAGGUUCAGUCACACUUGUCUGGAAGCCUCCUCUAAAUGAUGGAGGAGCCCGUAUUCAUCACUAUUUGGUUGAAAGGCGAGAAGCUAGCCGCCGCACCUGGCAGGAGUCUGGUGGAAAGUGCACAAAGCAUAUCCUUAAGAUUCAGGACCUGCUGGAGGGAGUGCCAUACUUCUUCAGAGUUUCAGCUGAGAACCAGCAUGGUGUGGGUGAAGCAUUUGAGUUUACUGAGCCAGUCACUGCCACUGCAGAGCCAGCCCCUCCAAAGAGACUGGACGUCCUGGACACCACAGACACUUCUGUGUCCCUGGGUUGGCUGAAACCAGAGCAUGAUGGCGGUAGUCGCAUUCAGUGUUACGUUAUCGAGGUCAGGCCAAAAGGCACAGACAAAUGGGUAGUCGUUGGCACCACCAAGAAUCUCACCUUUGUCAUGGAAAAGCUCAACAAGGGUGAUGAAUAUGAUUUCCGUGUGAAAGCCAAGAAUGACGCUGGGUCAAGCUUGCCCAAGGAAACUCUGGCUCCGGUUCUGGUCAAAGAGCCUCAUAUUGAACCUGCUGCUGACCUCAGUGAGAUUGCCAACCAGCUUAUCACAUGCAGAUCUGGAAGCGCCUUCACAAUCGAUGUUCCCAUCAGUGGUAGACCUGCUCCUAAGGUCUCCUGGAAGCUGGAAGAGAUGAGACUUAAGAACACAGACAGAGUCUCUAUCAAAGUAACUAAGGACAGAGCCAGUAUCUUAGUCAAGGACGCCAUGAGAGGAGAUGGUGGUAAAUACUACCUAACUCUGGAGAACGUGACAGGAACCAAGACAUUUACUAUUGAAGUUAAUGUCACAGGAAGACCCAGUCCUCCAACAGGACCCAUUGAAAUCUCCUCCAUCACCUCUGAGUCCUGUGUUGUUAGCUGGGAACCGCCUGAAGAUGACGGUGGCACUGACAUCACCAACUACAUUGUGGAGAAACGCGAGUCUGGUUCCACAGCCUGGCAGCUGAUCAACUCCAGCGUAAAACGCACAUCUCUCCACGUCAGUCACCUGACCAAAUACAUGCAGUAUACAUUCAGAGUAUCUGCUGAGAACAGAUUUGGUGUGAGCAAGUCCACAGAGUCUGAGACUAUUGUAGCAGAGCAUCCUUACACACCUCCAGGCCCCCCAACAAGACCCUCAACCUCUAAUGUGACAUCUAACGGUUUGACCAUAAAAUGGGAGGAGCCCUACCAUGAUGGUGGAAGCAAGGUGACAGGCUAUUGGAUUGAAAAGAAGGAGAGGAACAAUAUCCUGUGGGUGAGGGAGAACAAGAUCCCAUGCUUUGAGUGUUACUACAGGGUGGAAGCUCUGGUCGAGGGCCUGGAAUACCAGUUCAGGAUUUAUGCCAUGAACAGUGCUGGACUUAGCAAAGCCAGUGAAGCCUCAAAGGGAGCCAUUGCUCAGAACCCAGUUGAUCCUCCAAGCAAGCCCGAAGUCACAAAUGUUACAAGAACCACCGUUUCCUUGAAAUGGGGAUCGCCACUGAAUGACGGUGGCAGUCCCAUUGUGGGCUACAUCAUCGAGCGUAAGCCGUACACGUUGACUGGCGAGGGCCGCUGGCUUAAGUGCAACUACACCAACGUGACAGACAACUUCUUCACUGUCACUGCCCUGGGAGAAGGAGAACCCUACGAGUUCAGAGUCAUUGCCAAGAAUGCCAACCAGGUUUUCAGCAGGCCCUCUGAGUCUACCGGGUCUGUGCAGUGCAAGACAGACUUUGAGCCUCCAAAGGCCCAGUUGGACAGCAAACUCCUCUCUGAGACGGUGAUGGUCAGAGCUGGUUCAGACCUGGUUCUGGAUGCUGCAGUGGGAGGUAGACCUGACCCUAAGGCUUUCUGGUCCAAGGGCAAAAGGGAACUUGAGAUGUGUGAAAAGUACCACCUGCAAUACACCCCCACCAAGGCUAUGGCCAUCAUAAAAUUCUGUGACAGAGAUGACACUGGUAAAUACAUUCUGUCAGUGAGAAAUGUGAGUGGAACCAAGACUGCUGAAGUCAACGUGAAAGUGCUAGACACACCUGGAGUGUGUGAAGGCAGCAUUGAGAUCAGCAAAAUAACAGAGGAGUCAUGCACACUGAGCUGGAAGCCUCCUCUUGAGGAUGGUGGUGAUGACAUUGCUCACUUCAUUGUUGAGAGGCGCGACACCAACAGACUCAACUGGGUACACAUGCAUGCCAUGUGCAAAGAGCUGACCUGCAACAUCACUGGGUUGUUCAAGGACACAGAGUACCUGUUUAGAGUCCGUGGAGUCAACAAGUAUGGAGCUGGAGUUUACCUCCAGUCAGAUCCAAUGGUGGCCAGGAACACAUUUACUGUUCCCAGUCCUCCUGGAGCUCCAGAGAUCCUGGUAUCAGGAAAGGACUUUGCCACCAUUGAGUGGCUGAAGCCAGAGAGUGACGGCGGUAGCCCACUAACCCAUUACUUGGUGGAAAGGCGAGAGAGAAAGAGCGCCCGCUGGGUGAAAGUGAACAGGGAUGGCGCUCACCUGGACACUCUUUUGAAGGUGUCCGGGUUGACUGAAGGCAACAUCUACCAGUUCAGAGUUACAGCUAUCAACAAGGCUGGAGAGAGCGAGCCCAGCGAAGUGUCUCUGUAUGUCGUCUGCAGAGUCCCAACGUGCACCCCUGCUCCUCCUUCUAUUCCCCGUAUCACUGACACACACGCUGACAGCAUUAGCCUAGCCUGGUCUCGACCCGUGGAAGAUGGUGGAGCUGAUGUGAUCGGAUACAUCCUGGAGAUGCAGGAGAGUGGAACAGAGGAAUGGAAGAAGGCCCAUGAGAAGACCCUGCGGUCUACGGAGUAUGUGGCAACUGGACUUAGUGCAAGCAAGAAGUACUGCUUCAGAGUGGCAGGUAUCAACGUCAACGGCACUGGAGAUUUCAGUGAACCAUGUGCAGAGACUGCGCCAGUGGAGAGAAUUGAAACUCCUGAUUUCGAGCUUCACGAUGACCUCAAGAAGACAAUCUGCCUGCGUGCUGGUGGCUCCCUCCGACUUUUCGUCACCGUCACUGGUCGUCCUGCCCCUGCCAUCACUUGGAGCAAGCCCGAUGUCGACCUCCACAAUAGAGGCUUCAUCGAGGUCACCAAAACUUCCACCACCCUCAUCAUUGACAAGGUCCACCGCUAUGAUGCUGGCAAGUACACGCUGGUGGGGGAGAACUCUGCUGGAAAGCAGGAAGUCAACAUUCUCGUCAAGGUCUACGACACUCCUGGGCCAACUGGGCCACUCAAGAUCAAAGAGCUCACUAAGGAGGCUGCCACAAUCUCCUGGGAAGCUCCAACUGUCGAUGGUGGUGCUCCUGUCAACAACUACAUCAUUGAGAGGCGUGAGGCCUCCAUGAGGGCCUACAAGACAGUCACAUCUAAGUGCAGCAAAACAUCCUACAAGAUUGAUGGCCUGAUGGAGGGAAUGUUGUAUUACUUCCGUGUCCUCCCUGAGAAUAUAUAUGGUAUUGGUGAGCCCCGCGAGACUCCAGAUGUCAUCCUGGUCUGUGAAGUGCCUCUUCCACCAAGCAAGCUGGAGAUGAUCGAUGUCACCAAAACCACAGUCACCCUGGGCUGGGAGAAGCCUGAGCACGAUGGUGGCAGCAGACUGACGGGUUACAUGAUUGAAGCUUGCUUGUUUGGUACUGACAAGUGGAUGAAGGUGGCUACGCUGAAACUCACAGAAUUUGAGCACACUAUCGACAAGCUGAAUGAGAAAGAGCAGUACUUGUUCAGAAUUAAAGCCAUCAACAGCAGAGGAGCCAGUGAACCCAAAGAGCUUGUUGCUCCUGUCACUGUACAAGAACAAAGAGUGAUGCCUGUGGUGGACUUCUCUAAUAUUCCUCAGAAGGUUGUUAAUGUCUUGGCUGGUAAGCCCCUGGAACUGGACAUGCCUAUCAUUGGUAGACCGCCUCCUGUUUGUUCCUGGUACUUUGGUGGAAACAAAUUAAAGAUCACAGACCGUGUCAAGAUUAAGAGCACGGGCAAAUUCUCCAAACUGACUGUUAAUCACACGACCAUUGACGACACCGGCGAUUACACCCUGGAGGUGAAGAACGUUGUUGGCAUCAUCAGUGAGGACAUCAAAGUCAUCGUUCUCUCUAAACCUGAUGAACCACAAGGACCCAUCAAGUUUGAUGAGGUAGAUGCAACCACUGUCACCUGUAGCUGGGAACCUCCACUCAGAGAUGGUGGCGCUCCCAUUAGUGGUUAUGCCGUGGAGCAGCGUGACGCUCACAGACCUGGCUGGGUGCCUGUCUGUGACUCUGUCAGCCGACCAAUGUUCAAGUUUGACAACCUGAUUGAGGGAGAUGAGUAUGUCUUCCGUGCAGCUGCCAUGAAUCGCUAUGGCACUGGAGAGUUCCUGCAGUCUGAGAUUGUCACCUGCAAGAGCUUGAAAAAUGUACCUGGGCCUCCUGGCCGUCCAAUCAUCUUCGAUGUGUCUCGUGAUGGCAUGACUGUGGCUUGGGAACAACCAGAAGAAGAUGGUGGUCUUGAGGUUUCUGGAUACAUCAUCGAGCGCAAAGAAGUCAGGGCUGACAGAUGGGUGCGCGCCAACAAGAAUCCUGUCACCAUGACCAGGUACAGGUCAACCGACCUGAUUGAGGGCCUGGAGUAUGAACACAGAAUUACUGCCAUCAAUGCCAGAGGAUUAAGCAAGCCAAGCCAACCAUCCAAACCAGCCGUGGCCACAGAUCCCAUUGAUCCUCCCGGUUGUCCUCAGAACCCAAGGAUCACAGAUACCACCAAGUCCUCUGUUUCAUUGGCUUGGAGUCCACCUGAUGAUGAGGGAGAUGCUAGGGUAGAUGGUUACCUAAUUGAGAUGCAGAAGGUGGGCACCAUGGCCUGGAACAAGUGCAACACCACACCAUCUCUGAUUUGCGAAUACACACUGACCAACAUGCCGCAAGGAGAGGAGUUCAAGUUCCGUGUGAUGGCCUGCAAUGCCGGUGGCUCUGGAGAGCCAGCUGAAGUACCUGGAACAGUAAUUGUAAAGGAGAUGCUUGAAUCUCCUCACUAUGAUCUGGAUCUGAAGUACAAAGAUGUGUAUGUGGUCCGCCAAGGAGGAGUCAUUAGACUCGCUGUACCAGUCAAAGGUAAACCUCAGCCAACCUGCAAGUGGUCAAAGGAUGGUGGCGCUGUCUCCACCAUGGCCAUGAUUGCUUCAACUGAAGAUUCCAGUGAACUGGUUAUCAAGGGAGCAGAGCGGAGUGAAUCUGGUCUGUAUAGUCUCCUUCUGGAAAAUAAAGUAGGCAAGAAGACCGCGCAAAUCAAGGUGAAAGUAAUAGGCCGUCCAAAUGCUCCUGAAGGACCAUUAGCCUUUGAGGAGAUCCAAGCCAAUUCUGUCAAGUUGUCCUGGAAGGCACCUGCUGAAGAUGGAGGCUCAGAGAUCCUUGGUUAUAUUGUGGAAAGGCGGGAAGCAGCCAGAAAUGCCUGGUACACUGUGGACUCUAGAGUGACUGAAACGCAGCUCGCUGUUAAGGGUCUGAAGGAGGGAACAGAGUACCACUUCAAGGUCACAGCUGAAAACUCCUUUGGCGUCAGUGCAUCUCUGAAGUCCGAGCAGCCACUAGUACCCAAGACUCAUCUCUGUCCCCCUGAGCCUUCCAGCACUCCACCAGAAAUUAUGGAUGUCACCAAGAGCUCAGUGGCACUUGCAUGGUCCAGACCAAAGGAUGAUGGUGGUUCAGCCAUCACUGGCUAUUUUAUUGAGUACAGCAUUGUGUCUUCUGAGACAUGGUCCCGCCAUGAGACCAAGAUAACCUCAACCAUGUUCACUCUGAGUGGACUCACCGCAGAUGCAGACUAUCAGUUCCGCAUUGUUGCCGUAAAUGACGUCGGCCAGAGUGAGGCUGGUCCUGCAUCUGAACCCGUCACAUGCAAAGAUCCAUUUGACAAGCCCAGCCAACCAGGCGAGAUUGACACAGUGAAUGUAAGUAACAACUUCAUCACCAUCCGCUGGCAACCCCCAGAGUGUGAUGGUGGAAAGGAGGUCCUGGGCUACUGGGUGGAGUGCAGAAAAUCCGUUGAGAGCUCAUGGAAGAAGUGUAACAAGCAGAGACUGAAGGAAAAGGAGUUCACCAUUAGGUUACUCUCCGAAGCGACAGAAUACGAGUUCAGAGUGUUUGCUGAGAAUGAAACGGGAAUGAGCCGACCUCGUAGGACUGCCACAUGCAUCAAGACCAAACUGAGUGCUGAAAGUAAACCAAGCCUGAGGAAGGAAAUGGAUGAAGUAACUGCCAAGCUUGGUCAGCCCGCUGUCAUGAAGUGCCAGAUUAUCGGCAGACCUGUUCCUGAAAUCAAGUGGUAUCAUGCAGGCAGGGAGAUCAUCGAGUCCCGCAAGUACGAGAUGAGCUCUGACGGCCGUAACAACUCUCUUUCUAUUAUGACCGACCAGCAAGAGGAUGAGGGACAAUACACCUGCAAAGCCAUUAAUGAUGCAGGGGAAUGUGAGACCACAGGCCUUUUGGGGCUGGAGGCUGCUGCAUCCUUCCACCCUGAUUACACGCUCCAGGAAACUUACUACGCUGGACUUGGAACAACUUUGCGCAUUCAUGCUGUUUACAUUGGCCGUCCUGAGCCAAAGAUCAUGUGGCUGCAUGGGGCAAAGACACUUGAGAACACGGAAGACAUCAGCAUUGAGACCACCGAGCACUACACACACCUGGUCAUUAAGAACGUCCAGCGUAGAGUCCAUGGAGGCAAAUACAGGAUCAGACUGCACAACCACUUUGGCAGAGCUGACACAGCAUUCAAUGUUGAGAUCUAUGACAAACCUGAUAUACCUCAAGGUCCCAUUGUCUUGGAUGCCCUCCUUAAGAACUCCGUCAUCAUCAGCUGGAAGGCUCCCAAGGAUGAUGGAGGCUCUAUGAUCACCAACUAUAUUGUGGAGAAGCGUGAGGACAAGGAGGGCACCGAGUGGGAACUGGUGUCUUCGUCCAUUAACGGAAUAUCUUGCCGUAUCCCCAACCUCAUCGACAGUGCUGGAUACUUCUUCCGCGUCUAUGCCCAGAAUCGCUACGGCAACAGUGAGCCACUGGAGCUCACUUCCCCCAUUCUGAUCAAGAGUCAACUGGAGAAACCAUCACCACCUCUGUCACCAGUUGCUUCUGGAAUCACAAAGGACUCCUGCGUGCUUUCUUGGAAACCUCCGCAAAGUGACGGAGGAUCCAAGAUCAAGAGCUAUAUCCUCGAGGAGAAGCACAAGAAGGAUAAGAAGGAAUGGACCGAAUGGUCUUCGGUGACCACAGAUGAGAUCAAACAGACAGUGUUCUCUGUCAAGCACCUGACUGAGGGUGUUCCAUACAUCUUCCGUGUGAAGUGCGAAAACCUUGGAGGACAAAGUGACUACAGCGAGGAGACGGCUCCUAUCAUUCCAGCCACCGCUGUGGUGGUUCGUGCUCCUGCCUUCAAGGAGGAGCUAAGGAAUAUGAGUGUCAAGUACAAGAGCAAUGCUACCCUCGUCUGCAAGAUCACAGGGCAGCCCAAACCUGUGAUUAAAUGGUUCAGACGAGGAAAGGAGGUCCAUUCUGAUGGAAAGAAGAUCAAGAUCCAAGAGUUUAAGGGAGGAUACCACCAGCUGGUUAUCACUGAGGCUGAGGAUGAAGACUCCACUAUUUACCAGAUCAGAGCCACCAACCAGGGAGGCUCUAUCUGUGCUACAGUCUCUCUUGAUGUUGAAAUUCCUGCCAAGAUCCACCUGUCAAAGAACCUCAAGGACAAGGAACCUAUCCCUGCCCUGCGUGGAGAGGUGGUCAAUAUCAAGAUUCCAUUCAGUGGUAAACCAGAUCCUGUCAUCACAUGGCAGAAGGGACAGGAUCUUAUUGACAGCAAUGGCCACUACCAGGUCAUCGUCACAAGAUCUUUCACUUCAUUGGUGUUCCCCAAUGGAGUGGACAAGAAGGAUGCUGGCUUCUACAUUGUCUGUGCCAAAAACAGAUUUGGUAUUGAUCAGCAAACCGUUGAGCUGGAUGUGGCAGAUGUCCCUGAUCCACCACGUGGUGUGAAAGCCAGUGACAUUUCCAGAGACUCAGUCUCACUGAACUGGGUGGCGCCGGCAAAUGAUGGUGGCAGCAGGGUGGUGAGCUACAUCAUUGAAAAGUGCCCCACCACUGCUGAGAAUUGGGUGCGUGUUGCCCAGUCCCGUGAUACCCGCUACACUGUCACUGAUCUGUUUGGAGGAACAAGCUAUCAGUUCAGAAUCAUCGCUGAGAACAAGUUUGGACAGAGUGCUCCAUCUGAGAGUAGUGGACCUGUCAUGACCAAGGAGGACAAAUCCAGAGUUCUUCUUUAUGACAGGGAGGUUGAUGAUACCGGAAGAGUCCCCAAAGGCAAGGCCCAGCACUCCGAUUCCAAGAAUCUGCACAAGAAAUAUGCCAUUGCAGAGGAGCUGGGCAGAGGUCAGUUUGGCAUUAUCCACCGCUGUGUUGACAUCAGCACCGAGAAGACUUACAUGGCUAAAUUCGUCAAAGUGAGAGGUGCAGAUCAGGCAGUAAUCAAGAAGGAAAUUGCAACUCUGAAUCUUGCCAAACACACAAACUUCCUGCUCCUACACGAGUCUUUCGACAGUCCUGAAGAGCUGGUUAUGAUCUAUGAUUUCAUCUCCGGUGCUGACAUCUUUGAGCGUCUCAGCACAGCAGACUUUGAGUUUAACGAGCGUGAGAUUGUUAACUACAUCAGACAGGUCUGCUCAGCUCUGGAGUUCCUGCAUGCUGAGAGCUAUGGACACUUUGAUAUCAGACCUGAGAAUAUUGUCUACACAACCAAAAGCAGCUCAAAUGUGAAGAUUAUUGAACUGGGACAGUCAAGACACCUGACUCCUGGAGAACAAAUCAAAGUUCAGUACACCACUGCAGAGUAUGCUGCCCCUGAGAUCCACCAGUGUGACAUGGUCAGCUCAGUCACUGACAUGUGGUCAGUCGGUGUCCUUGCAUAUGUUCUCAUCAGUGGACUUAAUCCAUUCACAGCUGAAACCAACCAACAGAUGAUUGAUAACAUCUCCAAUGCAGCCUACGGCUACGAUGACGAGUCCUUCAAGCAAGUCAGUGCAGAAGCUCUAGACUUCACAGACCGCCUGAUGACAAAGGAACGUAAGCACCGUAUGACUGCAGCUGAGGCUCUGGUGCAUCCUUGGCUUACAAAACCAGCAGAGGAGAUCAGUGCCAGAGCAAUCCCAACUGGCAGGCACAAGAGAUACUACCAGACAAUGGUAAAGAAAGAAUGGAACACGGUUGUCUCCGCUGCCCGUGUGGCCAGUGGCGGUUCCAUCAGGUCUCAACGUGGCGCCUUUGUUUCCAAGGUGAAGAUCGCUCCGUUUGAACAUGGUCCGCUUGCAGGUCAGAUUAACCACGCAGUGGUGCAUGAGGGAGAUAACGUGAAGUUCGCCUGCAACAUCGAAAACUAUGACAGCACCACUGAAGUGACAUGGUACUGUGGCGUCAGGCAACUUGAAGCUGGCGACAAAUAUGAAAUCGAAUAUGAGGAUGGUCUGGCUGUAAUUACCAUCAACAAGGUUACAAGAGCAGAUGACGGCACGUACAGAUGCAAAAUUGUGAAUGAGUAUGGCGAGGACAGUGGCUAUGCAGAGCUGUUUAUCAGUGGUGUUAGAUCUUACUGUGACUUCUUCACCACCCGUGUGGUAAAGAGGACAAAGCGCAGAAUUGACACUGCCAGAAUGCUCCAGAAGCCACCAGAGUUCACUCUUCCUCUGGUCAACCGUACUGCCUACAUUGGUGAAGACAUACGCUUUGGUGUCACCAUCACUGUUCACCCUGAACCUCGUGUCAUCUGGCACAAAUCCGGACAAAAACUCAUCCCUGGACAAGAUGACAAGAAAUACACAUUCAUCACUGACAAGGGUCUGUAUCAGCUGAUUAUCCACAACCUGGAGGCGGAAGAUGAUGCAGAGUACAGUGUUGUUGCCCGUAACAGGUACGGUGAUGACAGCUGCAAGGCUCGCCUCACUGUUGUUCCUCGACCUAAACCAGCAGACCUCACCUUGAGACCCAUGUUUAAACGCUUGCUUGCUAAUGUAGAGUGCAGGGAGAGUCAAAACGUUCGCUUUGAGAUUAGAGUCUCUGGCCGGCCAACACUGAAGUGGGAGAAGGAUGGCACACCUUUAGCUUUUGGACCAUCCAUUGAGGUUGUCCAUGAGGGCCUGGAUUACUACAUCCUCCAUGUGAGAGAUACUCUCCCUGAAGAUUCUGGUGUUUACAGAGUCACAGCUACCAACUCUGCUGGUUCGGCCAGUUGCCAGGCCACCCUCAAAGUGGAGCGCAGCACUCAUGUAAAGAAAGACUAUGAGACCAGUGAAAAGGAGAAGGAAAAAGUAGCUGGAAAGGAGAAAAUGGACAAAAAGGUUAGGCUCCACCAGAUUUUGUCUGGCACUGAUGUUUUAGCUCUACCACCAAUAGCAGUGCAGGCUGUGAGGGAGGCGGCAACCAUGUUCAAACCGGCUGUUACGACGAAGAAGGGUGAGAAGACUGAGGCUGAGAAAAAGAAAGAACAAGAGGAGAGGAAGAGGCGGGCAGAUGAGAAGAGGCUGCGCAUGCCUUAUGAUGUCCCCACACCCCGUGUUGUUAACCCAGCUGUUCUUGAGGAGGAUGUGGAAAUAAAACAUUUCAAGCCAUUCUCUGACAUGAAAUGGUACAAGAAGCUGCGGGAUCAGUACGAGUUCCCCGAGCCAAUGGAUAAAAUCAGCCAAAAACGUAUGAAGCGCAUUCGCCUCUCCAGGUGGGAGCAGUUCUAUGAGGUGCCCAUCAGGAUCAAGGAACAGUAUAAGCCCAAGUGGCGUAUUUCAUCCCUGACACAAGAUGACUUGGAGACUGUGAGGCCUGCAAGACGUGCUCGUACUCCUUCUCCUGAGAUUGAGGCAUACCGCAGGAUCAGAAGGAGGUCUUUGGGUGAUCUCUCAGAUGAGGAACUCCUGCUGCCUGUGGAUGAGUAUCUGUCAAUGAAGCGAACAGAGGAGGAGAGGCUUCGUCUGGAGGAGGAACUGGAGCUUGGCUACUCUGCUUCUCCACCUAGCCUCAGCCCUGUUCGCUUUGAGCUUUCUGCCCUGCGCCCUUCAUCUCCAAGAAAAGCCUACAGUGACGAUGAAGAGGGAGAAGAGUUUAUAGCCUACGACUCCUACAGAAUUCCAUCUAAAUAUGAGGCUGGUCCAAGCUUUGUUGACCUCCGCCAGCGUCACGACAAAGUCACAUACAGACCUCCGAGGCAGAAGCAGAGGGUGUAUGAAGAGAGAGAAGACCAGGAGCUGCUGCGCCCACCUACAACUACUCAGAGAAUCUCUUCUUACAAGAGUCAACUCAAACGCAUGGAAUUUGAGGAGAAGACACGAAUCUCGAAAAAGGAAACCACUGUUGCAGUUUCUACAUUCUCUGAGGCCACUGAAUCUGAGCAUCUGACAACUUUCACCGCAGAAUAUAUCCCUAAACCAAUCAAGAAGCUCCAUGUACCUGAACCUGAGACCACAAAAUCUCCAGCAAAGGCUGUGAAGACAGAAGUUACUCUUCCUAAAGUUGACUUCAUGUCCAGGUAUGAGGAGAGAAAGCAAGCUCUCAGAUCAGAGAGGAAAUCUGUGCAGAAGGUUGAGGUGGUUACACAGCCUCCCUUCAGCCUUGACCAUGCUCCACGAAUUACUGUGAGAAUGCGAUCUCAUCGCGUACCCUGCGGGUGCAACACAAAGUUCAGUCUGAAUAUCCAAUCUAAACCUGAGCCAGAGAUCAAGUGGUUCCAUAAUGGAAAAGAGAUUCAUCAGAGCACCAAGUACCACAUGAAAAACAUCAGUGGAGUUGUGACUCUCCAGGUCACAAACUGUGUGACUGAAGAUUCUGGCACCUACCGUGUGGUCUGCAAGAAUGCCAAAGGAGAGACCUCAGACUAUGCCACAUUGGAUGUGGCAGGGGAAGAAUACGCCAUUCUCUCAUCACUCCGAAGAGAUGAAGAGGCUCCAUCUGCCUUUCUGCCAGAGAUGACCCAAACAGAGGUGUAUCACGUUUCAUCUUCUAAAACAACUGUGAAGGAAGUUGUUGAAACUGUGACGGAGGUUGUUGCAGAAACUGUUGAGAAACCAAGUGCUCCUGCCAAGAUUCUGACCAGGCCACGGUCUUUGACCGUGGAAGAGGGAGAAAUUGCCAGAUUUGAGUGUGAUGUGGAUGGUGAACCAGCACCCUCUAUGGCUUGGCUGCACGAAGGAGCAGAUGUCGCUCCCUCUGCCCGUCACCACAUUGUCUCCACUCAGUACAACUCUUCCUUCGAGAUCUCUGCAGUUGAGAUGUCAGAUGAAGGCAGCUACACCCUGCUGGUCGAAAAUGCUGGAGGAAAAGAAGAAGCUCAUUUCUCUCUGACAAUUCGCAAGUCUGAGUCAAAGGAGGAGGUAGUUGCCACUGCUAGAAUCACUUCUCCAGAGGCUAAAUCCCCCGAACCAAUCAAAUCUCCACAGAGAGUAAAGUCUCCAGUCUCACCAAAAUCCCCAACACCAAAGUCCCCAACACCGAAGUCUCCAACACCUAAGUCCCCACCACCAACAUCUCCAACACCAAAGUCCCCAACACCAAAGUCCCCAACACCAACAUCUCCAACACCAAAGUCCCCCACAUUUAAGUCCCCACCACCAACAUUCUCAACACCAAAGUCCCCAACACCAAAGAGCCCACCACCAACAUCUCCAACACCAAAAUUCCCAACACCAAAAUCACCAACUCCAUUCGAGAGGGGAAAAAUGAUUUCUCCAAUCAAGUCACCAAAAAGAGUUAUGUCACCAACUCUUGAAAAGAAGAAUAAAGAAGUCUCAGAGGAAGUCCUGAAAACAGAAAUGGUCCAUGAGGAAGUGUUGUCUUCUGUGAAGGAGGUGAAAUCCGUACAAAGCCAGAUGACCAUUACAGAGGGGCAGUCUCUGACUCUGAGGGCCAACAUCCCUGGGGCUUCCAAUAUCAGAUGGAUCCUAAAUGGAGUAGAUCUGACCAACUCGGAAGAGUACAGAUAUGGAGUGUCUGGAAAUGACCAGACCCUGACCAUCAAGACCAUCAGCCAGCAUGAGCAGGGGAUCAUCACGUGCGAAGCUCAAACAGUGAAAGGAGUGGUUCGGUGUCAGUUUAACACUGAAGUCACAACCAAACGUUCAGAUGCACCCUACUUCCUGGUGCAACCCAGGUCUCAAAAUGUGAACGAGGGACAAAGUGUUAAAUUCACUGUUGAAAUUGCAGGGGAUUCUUCCCCUGAAGUGGAGUGGUUGAAAGACAACAUGCUUAUUUCUGUCACAUCUAACAUUAGACUGAGUCGGUCUAAGAACGUUUAUAGUCUGGAGAUAUGUGAAGCCACAGUUGCAGACAGUGGGAAAUACACGAUAAAAGCCAAGAAUGAGUUUGGACAGUGCUCUGCAACAUCAUCCCUCAACGUCCUCACUCUUGUUGAGGAACCCACAAAAAUGACAAUUAUGGAACACAGAGCUUCUACUGAUGCUGCUGUGAGCAUGCAAAAAGGUUUCUCGGCCUCAUCUGUUCACAUGGAGGCCUCCUCCAUGCAGGCCGGCAGCUACACCAGCAGCUCCCGCUCUGCCAUGGGAGAAUAUUCAGUUGAAAGCAUGUCUGCAAGUAGCAUGUCUGCCAUGAUGGCUGGGUCAAUGGUUUCCAUGAGCUCCAGCAGCCAAAUGAUGGAAAUGUCUGCCCACUCGCAUGUUGAAGGCUCUUCCUCUUCCUUGAUGAGGGCCCUCACCACAGGGGUUAAAAGAGGCGUUCCACCGAAGAUCGAAGCUCUCCCAGAGUACGUCAGCACGGACCCAGGGAAGACCCUGACUGUCGCAGGAAUGUUCUCAGGAGACCCUGUCCCCUCUGUCCAGUGGGUCCGCUCAGGACAGAGCCUCCCCAACGGGGACAGGCGGUACCACGUGGAGAACUCAGCCGACCUCUCCACCCUGGUGAUCUCUGCGGUGAAGGAGGACGAUGCCGGAUCGUACACCCUCCAACUGUCCAAUGAGUUUGGCUCUGACUCUGCAACUGUCAACGUUCACGUUCGGUCCAUGUAAAAAAGAAAAAAAAAAAAGUUAAUUUAUAUCCCCUGUUUCCCUCAUACUUUUUACUUAGUGAAUUAGCAACAAGAAUCUUACUUGAUAAAGAUCUGGAUUUCUGUUCUUGUAAAUAUGAAUAAUUUUUGUACCAAACUUGACAUUAAUUUAUGCCAAACUAGACUAAAGUCUAAAGUUGUAAAAUGUGCCAUAUUGGAUAACUAUGACUUAGGAUUUUUGAACCUCUUUUCUGUGACAUGUACAUAAUGUAUAUAGCCGAAUUUACCGGUUAUGAGAAAUGUAUGCAUUGUUAUUUAUGACAAUAUAAUGAAGUGAAACAAAGUGAAACUUAAAUGUAGUUUGACAGGAGAAAGUUUCGUCCAGGAACGAAUACCCUGUUAAACUAAGAAACUAAACUCUGUGCCUCAACGAUAAGUUGAAGUCUUAAGAUUGCCCUCAACAGGUAGAGAGGCUCCCUGUUGAUGUUAUGAACCAGAAACAGAAAGACAAAAGUUAUUGUUUUGGACACGCAUCCUUGCGUGUAAUAUUACAGUUUCCUAUGAGUUGUAUCAUGGGCGUAAGACCCUGAGUGCUGUUUGCAUAACCCUCAUGUAAGCAGCAUGAACCGGCCUUGUGCUCAGACUGACUGCGUCACACCACCAUGAUUUGAUGACCUGCUCAGAGUGCGAGCGGCCUGCACUCUCAGCGUUAAGAUCAUUUUAAUAAGGGGCGCUGCUUCUGGCACGGGAUUGCUGGACUGGCUGCUGGAAGUGAAACAUCUCCUGGCCAUGAAGAGGCAGUCGAUGCCAGCACUGCUGUGCAGAAGCAGCGCCGCCUCUCGGAGGAUAGUUAGCUAUCGUGUUUGUGUUUGAGUGUGUCUGUAGCUUUUAGUCAUUUCACCUUGUCAGUAGUCAAGGUUUUCUUCAGUCACAUCAGUGAAUCCAUCUCUUGUGAGAAGAAAAAGCAGUUAUGUUUUGCCCUGCACUUUGGUUUAUUAAUGUAGAACUGUAUUUCAUCCUCCUUGAGUGUUACUGAUUUAAUAAAGCAUGAUUUCAGCACUAAA